AUGGGUACCCACUGUAUAGCUAUAUACACAGCGUGAUGUGUACCCAGUGUAUAGCUAUAUACACAGCGUGAUGUGUACCCACUGUAUAGCUAUAUACACAGCGUGAUGUGUACCCACUGUAUAGCUAUAUACACAGCGUGAUGUGUACCCACUGAAUAGCUAUAGCGAGACCGGCGCGGCAUGGAAUUUAAGGUAAGUAAAAACAUGUUUCCCGUGCGAUCGGAGUGAGGCCGGUAACCUAAACUGACAGACACACACACACACACACACUGGUACAGAGUUGGGAUCGACCAAUAUCGAUACCAAUACCGAUAAUCUGUGAACUUUCAGGCCGAUAGCUUACCGAUAUUCUGUACAUUUACCGUUUUGAGAGAAAACAUUUUUUUUUUGCAAAUCUUUUUUUUUUAUUAAGUGGUAAAUGCACAAAAUAUACAUGGCAGUCCGAUUUUUUUUUUUUUUUUGUUAUGUUUUUAAGAAUAUUUAUGUGUGUGUGUGUAGUGGAUGCAGUGAGAGUAUUUGAUUAGUAAAUGCAGUGUGUUUGUGUAGUGGAUGCAGUGUGUUUGUGUGUAAAUAUGUGCUGUAGGAACACCCCCACCCCCCCCAUUCCCCUUAAUGUUCCUCUUCCUUAUUUUUUAGUGCCCCUACCCCAGUGUUCCUUCUCCCUUCCCUGUACGUUAGUGCCCUCCCUUAAUGUUCCUCUCUCUUCCCCCCUAGUGUUCUUUCCCCCCCAAACCAUAGUGUUCUCUCCCCCCCUCCCUAAACCAUAGUGUUCUUUCCCCCCCCUAAACAAUAGUGUUUUCCCCUCCCCUAAACCAUAGUGUUCUUUCCUCCCAAGUCAGACAUUUUCCUGACUUAGUUCAAGAUGGCAUCUUAAAGUCUGGACAUCCUUAUCUACUUAAGGUUACCACAGUAUAUUGUGUACUGAAAGAGUCGUAGCAUAGCCUUGUUAUUAUGCAUUAUUGUUAUUGUAAUUCGUCUGGGACAAAAUGGCGCAAAGUACACAGUUUAAGAAAUACAAAAUUUUCAUUCUAAAACCCCUGCCCCAUAGCGUUUUUUCCUCCCUCCCCCUCCCCAGCCCCAUAGCGUUUUUUCCUCCCUCCUCCUCCCCUGUCCCAUAGCGUUUUUUCCUUCCCCUAUCCCCCGGUCUUGUCUCCCACGGUACAGGAGAUUCAGCCGAUACUUACAAAAAAGGGGAAUAUCGGCAAAACCGAUAAUCGGUCGAUCCCUAGUACAGAGACACAUAUUGAUACUGAUACAAGCACACACUGAUACUGACAGACACACACACACACAUUCUCUCACACACUCACAAAGUGUUGUUGUAUUUUGGGAGUGCUGAGUGGAUCUUUCCAUGGGGUCCAAUGUGGAUUCUCUCAAACCUUCUUGCAGUUCCUCUCUGCUCCCUCGUGUGCCCUCUGUAGUGAUGUUGGGGUUGGAAUGACAUCCUAUUCUGGCUCCCAGCAUCACUAUACUACGCGCAAGGGAGCAGAGAGGAACUGCAGGAACAUUACUGCUACCUCGGUCGUCUCCAAUACUUCCCAGGACGGCUGCCUCCAUGCUACCUUGGCCGGCUAGCUCCAAUACUCCUCAGCUCCUCUGUAAGGCUGACAAAUACCCAGGACUAAAUUUCUAGUUGCCAUGGCAUCCUAGCGCCUGGUAUUUGUAAUACCCUGUGUUACCCACUGUAUUGAUGUGAAUGUGUGUAAAGCAUUAUGCAUUACUGUUACUGUUUGCAGAACGUCACCUACUCCAUUACAAUACAUGUGUGCAGAGCAUACUAUUUUACACACUGCAUUGCCACACCUGCAUAUUUAGACUGUAAUAUCACACCCACUCCAUUGCUGUACUUGUGUGUGUGUGCAUGCAGGGCAUACUAUCUUACCCUCUGCUUUCUUGUACCUGUGUGUGGAGAGCACACAAUCUUACCCAAUGUAUUACUAUACCUGCGUGUGGAGAGCGUAUUAUCUUCCCCAUUGCAUUGACAUACCUGUGUGGGAAGAGUGCACUAUCUUUUCACUGCAUUGUAUAAAGUGUGAACCCUUACCCACUCAACCAAGUGUGUUUUGUGUGUGCACAGUGUAAUUUAUUAAGAACAGUUUAGCUUUACAUGUGAGCAGAACAUAAUAUGUUACCCACUGUAUAGAUUUAAAUGCUUGUGUAGAGAAUUUUUUUUUUUUUUAAAGCAAAAAAUGUGACUUACAGAGAAGUAACAGUUCCUUGUUCCUUCACCAUAGGAAAAAAAAACACUAUUUCAGUGUUUACAGGUAUAAACUUACCUCUGCUCCACUUUUUCACUGUGAGCUAUUGAGUUGUUCUCUAUUAACUCUGGCAUGCACGGUCAUCUAAAUCGCAAUUCUGUGUGAGAGCCGUGUUCUCCAGCAGUGCCAUUUUUGCGCAUUGAUUUGUAUGUUUUACCCAAUGUACUUUGCACGGUAUGUAAUAAUAAAUUAAGUGCAAUUUUCAAAAAUGAUUAGCUCAACCAAUAGCCAUCUAUUAGUUAGCCAUUUGGUUAUGCAGACAUUACCAAAAGCCAAAUUCUGCUUUGCCCUUUACUGCAAAAUCUUUUUGUAAACUAGUGUUUUUUUUUUUGUUUUUUGUUUUUAAAUGGCAUGUCAAAAAUACAUACAGAGCUCAAAUAUUUGCAAGAAGUCAAGUGAUGAGGAUUAAAAAAAAUAACCCCAGUUAGACCUUAACAGGACAUACGACUUGAAAGUCAAUAUACUUUGUAGCAUUCACCAAAAAGAAGAUAACCAUGGGCAGGGUAGGCAACCACUGGCACUCCUGAUGUUUUGGACUACAUCUCCCUUGAUGCCUUUCUAGCAUUAUGGCUGUAAGAGCAUUAUGGGAGAUGUAGUUCAUAACAUCAGGGGUAUCGAAGGUUGUCUACACCUAACCUAGGGCAUGGAUAAAAUAGGAAGAAAGGAGCAGAAGAGAAGUGGCACUAACAGGCCAUAUGAAGAACAGAGAAAAGAAAGAGGGUUGGGAUUUUGUGAUGGUUGUUUUACAUUUGAUUACUUUAGGGGAGAUCCCUAGGCUGUAAUGUAAGCGCACUGCCUUUUCUCUGGAUAAAUCAGCCGGCAGGGCAUGAUUAUACUCACCAGAAAAAAAUACAAUAAGCCGCAGUUGUUCUGGUGAUUCUUGUGUCCCUUUAAAAUUGUGAAUUGACAUUUUCUGCUGCAAUAUUGCUGGCCAUUUUGCUCCUUUAUAGAAUGCAAUCAAGUUGUGAUUUAGGUUUACUUGAAAUGUAACUUUAUUUUUUAUUUUAUUUUUUUCCUGCACGACUCAUCAAGUUGUCUGCAUCACCAACAUACACUUCCAAAGAAAAGCAGUGAUUGUAAGUAUAAAAGUCUACAUUAUUGCAUCUUUGUAGAGGUUUUUACAAAAAAGUGAUUAACUUGAUCUUCUGCAAACUGGUUGGAAUUAUUUUGGCAGAUUAACCCUCAAUGUAAACAUAGCAGUUUCUCUGAAACAGGGUUAAAACUAGAGGGACCUGGCACCCAGACGACUUCAUUGAGCUGAAGUGGUCUGGGUGCCUAUAGUGGUCCUCUGGGUGUAGAAUGCUUGCACUGUAUGAGUGCUCACUACCAUUUUUAUGCUCCCUAAUUCUGUGAGAGACUUUGUGUGGCAGCUGAGUGCUUACCUGGUCCUGACUAAUUUCACAGAGCUGUUCAUUACUCCAUAAUUGAUUGGUAACUAGUUAAUAUCUACUCUUAGGCCAGACUUGUCUUCUUGCCUCAGGAAAAACUAUGCCCUAAUGUCACACAAAAUAUUUUUCAAACUGUCAUUCACAUGAUUUCUGCAUGACAGAGUAACACCAUUCUCUACAGAAUUAAUUAUUUUCUUAUAAUAUGCAAAUAACCACCUAUGUACCUGUGAUUCCUGUAAAAUUUAAAUUGGAGGGAGAGUGUUUUCCAUGUUUGUAGAAGUGAUCUCUUGAAUGCAAUUUGUAAUGCUUUAUUUAUCACACCACACUCUUAAAGAUGGGAAGCAUCGUUCACGUGAUUGGCAGACUCCUUUUACAAUGUUCUUGAUGGCUGUGGGGUGAAAACAGUAUUGUUCAUAUUUUCUGUAGCUUGGUUCCAAUAUUUAACUUUUAUGAGCUAUUGCUGAGAUCCGUAUUUAUUGAUUUCAUUGGCAGGGCUACGUUGAAUUAACGAUAUUCCCCACGGUCGCUAACUUGAACAGGAUCAAGCUGAACAGCAAGCAGUGCAGGAUAUAUCGCGUGAGGGUGAAUGACCUGGAAGCGGCAUUCAUUUACAAUGACCCAACCUUGGAAGUUUGUCACCAUGAAUCCAAACAGUGAGUAUCAUAGCCUAUGAUCCCUCCCCCUAAUCCCCCCCGUCACCUCCUUUAGUAUAGGUUUAUAAAAGGGACACUGCCGACCCCUAAACCACUUGCUGAAAUGCUUUGUGUGUUCUUUCUCAUUUUACAAGAAAAGUGAUUUAAGUCACUGUGACAGACCGCCUGGCACCCGGACCGGGUAUCUCAAUAAAUCGCUGCUUCCUAGUAAUCCUUGAGUACCAUAAGCACCGCACAGGACACCAUAACCACCGUAAACCCCACAAACCGCUGCAGCUUGGCUGGGGUCUCUCUGUCCUCCACACACCCUGGACCCAAGACCAGGAUCCAGUUUCCAAUGGGUAGACCUCUCCCAAUCCAGAGAGUAAAGCAGGAUAGCUCUUACAAGAGCUAGUGAUUAUAAUCCAAGGGAGUAAAAUGAGUAUAGCAAUCCCCAGAGUGAAUAUAGCUGUUCCCUCCACACAUUAGACGAGGCUCUAUGUUGAGGGUGAAGAGGAACUGUUUAAUGGCAGCUACAACUGGCUUUAUAUGCAAGUUCCCAUGCAAGAUAUUUUCCAUAACAUAUUCCAGGGGCAUUCCCCACUGGACCUGAGAGGGGACUGUGACAAAGUACACACUGUACAUUGGCUCUCAUGUCCAGGACACUCCCACACAAAACAGAAUAAUCUCUCCCCUGUGCCUGAGAACGUCCCCAUCGUCCUAUGCACUCACCUGAUCGCCGGCAAUCGGCGUUGCUCCCGGUCUGGGGGAACUGCCUGAGAGCCCAGACAGUCCCCACUCGGCAAAUUAGGCCACCGUGGGCAAUGUGAUCGCUCUGAAAUAGUGGUUACAUGGCCUGGGCUGUCAGGCAGUCUUCCUGCUGAUGAAAAAUAAAUAAUAAAAAUAUUAGUAAAGCAAAAAAAAUAUAUCUAAUUACAUAUAUAUAUAUAUAUAUAUAAAAAACUAUAUAUAUUGUGUGUGUAUAUAUUAUAAAAUCUGAAUAAUAAUUAAAUAAAAACAUAUGUAUAAUUUUAUUUUAACUGUAUUUUGAUAUUAAUAUACAUUUUUCGCAAAAUACAUUUAUAUAUUUUUAUUUAUUUAUUGGGGAUGCACUGAAAUUUUGGCCGAAAAUGGGCCUAUCCCAUUUUGGCUGAAAAAGGGUCAAAUCUGCCUAAAUUUACACCCCUACCCCUUUCCCCCUGGCAAGGGAGACUCCCUCCUGGACCUGAGACUACAGUAAAAACAUACACACAAUUACAUUGGCUCUCAGGUCCAGGACACCCAUACAAAAUGGGUAAAUCCCUCCCCUGUGCCUGGGAGAUAAUUGAGUCAGCACUGUAUUCAACUCAAUUAUCUCCAGGCACAGAAAACAUAGAUUUUUUACAAAACCCCCAAAAUACCUUCAAAACACAUAAAACCCCCACAAAAUUUACAUCCCCCUGAUAGCCCCGAUCUGUGUGACCAACAUAUCCAAAAAUCACCCAGAUCGGUCCAGGGGUUUGGGAUUUUCAUGGAAUUCAAUUAUUUGACCGACCGUACACAUGGUCCUUUGCCCAAAACAGUUCCAGGGAAUCAGGACUAACGGCGGUCUCUCUUUCUGGAGUACAAAAGUACAUAAAUCACAUGAACAGAGCCUUUUAAAGUGCAUUGGGGAAGGUAUAUUGCAGGGCCCAUACUCCUGAGGCAGGAGGCUGGCAAGCAGGCUCCUCCAGGAGCUCGUGGCAAAUGACCAGACCACAGGGCGUUUGUCACAGUCACACUUUUAUAAAUUAACCUUGACAUUCCCUCUAGCAUUCAAGCAUGCAACAUGUCCUGUUACUUCCUGCUUGACUCAAUGGAGUUAAGUUCAGUGGCUGAGCCAGCAGCAGCAGACUGCAAUAAAGGCUAUAUUUUGCUAUAUUUAAGGGGGUAGCAUGGGUAUUAGACGUAGGUUUUAACACCGUUUGUGUUCAUGACCCUGUAGUUUUCCUUUAACCCCUUAAGAAUGGCAGGCGUUCUAUGCCAUCCUCAAGGAGCCGAGCCUAAAUGCCAAUCGGCGUUGCUCUCGGUCUGGGAGAACUGCCUGGGAGCCCAGACAGUCCCCCCGCUGCAAAUUAGGCCACCGUGGGCCAUGUGACCGCAAAGAGCGAUCACACGGCUGCAAUAGGCGUCUAUAGUGCUGCCUGCAGGGGGACUGCCUGGGCUGUCAGGCAGUCUCCCUGCUGCUGAAAAAUAAAUAAAAAUAUUAGUAAAGCAAAAAAAAAAUGUGUCCUAGUCCCCUUAACCCUGCAAGUGUAAUUAUUGCAGUUUCUCUGAAACUGCAAUAAUUGCCUUGAGGGGUUAACUCCACCUCUAGUCUACCAGAGGGACUUCCGGGUGGUUAGGUGACCAAAAAUUGCCUAACUGAUGCUGGAUGUCCUCACUCUGUGCAUGUUGACAUCAUGCGUCUGCUAAAUCCCCAUAGGAAAGAAUUGAUACAAAGUCCAAUAUUAAUACAAUUCUAGAAAAAACUAUUUUAAAAUCAUUUGGGGGGAAAAAGUAAUUUUCGGUUUUCAGCCAAGGGCACCCUGAAGUUUCGGUUUUGGGCCCAGAAUGUGUAUAUAUAAAUAAAUAAAAAUAUAUCCAUAAUUACAUAAAUAAUUUCAUAAAUAUACACAUAGACUUCAAAUAUAUAAAUAUGUAAAUAUAUUUAAAUUCUAAGUGCAUAGUUAUGUAAUAUUUUUACAUAAUUUAGUAAUUUUAUUUAUUGAUUGUAAUUUGAGGGACCUGCCUGACAACCCACGCAGAAAGUCCAGAGAAUUUAAUUUUUAGCACUAUGUUUAACCCUGUAACUUUCCAAGACACCCUAAAACUGGGGGGUACUGUUGUACUCGUGAGACAUGUCAGUGAAAGUGAAGUUUUUUGCAUUUUUCACCCACAAACAGAACUUUCACUGAUGAUAUCAUUGUUUUGAAACACUAAUAUAUGUGUUCAGCGACAUCUCCCGAGUAUAACAGUACCCCCCAUGUACUGGUUUUAUAGUGUUUUUGAAAUUUACAGGGUCGACUAUAAAGCUUGCCCAUUUCAUUUUUUUUUUUAUUGAAAUUUGCCAGUUUGGUUAUGUUGCCUUUGAGAAUGUAUGGUAGCCCAGGAAUGAAAACUACCCCCAUAAUGGUAUACCAUUUUCAAAAGUAGACAACCCAAGGUAUUUCAAAUGAGGUAUGUCCAGUCUUAUUUUAGUAGCCACUUAGUCACAAACACUAGACAAAGUUAGCGUUCAUAAUUGAUUUUUGCAUUUUUAACACACAAACAAAUAUAAAUGCUAACUUUGUCCAGUGUUUGUGACUAAGUGGCUACUAAAAAAGACAUAGCCCACAUUAAAUACCCAGGGUUGUCUACUUUUGAAAAUGGUAUGCUAUCAUGAGGGUAAUUCUAAUUACUGGGCUACGAUAAAGUGUCAAAGGCAACAUAACCAGUCUGGCAAAUUUCAUUAAGUAUAAACUGAAAAAAUGAACCAUGCUAUAUUUGACCCUGUACCUUUCAAAAACACCAUAAAACCUGUAGUUGGGGGAUACUGUUGUACUCGUUAGACAUCGCUGAAUACAAAUAUGUGCAUGUUAUUGCAGUAAAAACUAACAGUAUUAUGACAUUCACAGUUAAAAUGUCAUGCAGAACUAAAAAAGUUACAAAAUAAAUUAAUCUUAAUUUCUAACACUCUUUUAGAUUUUAUUCAUAAUAAAUGUUUUAUAUAUGAAUAGUUCCUGAACAAAAUUAUAUAUAAUAAGUGUGGAUGCACUUAAUAUGAAAGAGGUGAAUUACGGUUGAACAGACAUGUAGCGCAAAUUCAGUUUUUUGAUUAUGUUUUGUUUUGAUCACAACUUGUACAAUUGGCUCAGUCCUUAAGGGGUUAAUCAAUGUUUGAAUAGCAGAUCAGUUCUCUACUGCUUGCAGGGGGGAAACAAAGAAAACAGAGGAUGAUCUCAACAGAAGUAUGUGAACGAUCACUGGUUUUCUUGGAGCUUAUGGUAGUCUUUGUACCUUUCUAUGUUUCCUCCCUGAGAUGGGCUCCUGGACAUGACAUCUUGAAAUUGCAGUGGGGACACAAUUAUGGCUCUCCAUAGUCCCCACAGUUGUUCAGCAGGUAUUAAUGGGAUAUAGAGUUUUGCCCCCCCCCUGUCCUGUCACAUCAGAUAGUGCUACUGCUAUCGGUUAUAUCUUACAUAGUUACUGCUGUCUGUUAUACACGUUACGAUUGCAGCUUAAUCUGUAUUGAUUUGGCAUUUAUAAAUUGCUUCUAGAAGUGGACAGAGUGGCGCACGGUACAAGUACAUACGAGUUGCUGCAACUAAUCAUUUUUUGAGAACCAGUUCAUAACUCCUUGUUUAUUUCUUUGGCUUCACACCAGUCACCUUGGUUUCCAAACAGAUUUACCAUAGUGGUCCUGUCUCAAGCUAAGCCUAACAUAGCAACAUUGAAUAUGCCAAGACCAAUGCCAGGAUCUUUGCUAAGCAGCCAGCAUUGCAACAGUAGACAUGUCAGUCUGUAAAUAGUAUUUUAUUGACCUCCACCGUCAUUAUGCUGUUUACUUUUUUGCCUCCUUGAAACCCUGGCCAAGCAGGGAGGAUUGAAAGGUCCCAGAGGAAAAGGUAUUAGUAUUAAUAAGGACACUUGAUUAAUGUGAAUCUCUGCUAUAAAACUGUGGUUUUUGCAGGAUACAGCACAUUUUAUUGGCCUAACAUACAAGUACAGAAGGCAUGUUUAGAAGUGCUGUGUUACCUGGAGAUGCCGUGUAAGAGAUGAUUGAAUUGAAGUUGGAUUCAUUAAUUAUUAAGGGCAGAUUAUAAUAGUUAUAUGACAGUGCCAUGUUUUAGUAGUUUUUAAUCGAAGUAGCCCUGUUACCCAACUAUAGUUUAUGUACAUUAAACCCACAAUCACGCUUUUAACUAUAUGUAAUCACAAAAAAGCACUUCAUCUUAAUUGCCUAACAGAUGAAAAAAAGGAGAAAUGGCACUGUUUACAUUUUGCAGUUCCUGUGCCUGAAGUGGUUGUUAUUCAGACAGUCACUAGGUGAUUAAGGGUCAUUUAUUGAAUAUAUUUGAUUUCUAUGAUCAGCAUGCAAAGUAAAUGCAAUGCUGAAUGUUUUGUGAGAAGCAUUGCAUUGGAUUAUGGCAAAUGUUGCACGUGCAUUUUAUGUCCUCACUGCAAUGAGAAGCAUCUAAUGGGACAAAAGUCAGAAUGUGAAGAGCCUCUCCCAGCUCUAGAACAAAUUGCCAUUUUUGUAUGUUUUUUUUUUUUUUUUUUAAAGGAGCACUCUAACUGCUAACAACUUACAAAUAAGGGCAUCCACUAAUCUAAAGCAAUAAAGGGACAUAUUUAAUCUAAAAAUACUAACUGCCUAUCAGAACAUGCAAUUUGCUAUGUUUUAUACUGGUUCGGUUCUGGUGAUCCACAGUGUAUGAAGGACUGUCAGUAUUGAAUAUUACUGCAGGUGUUAGUGAUGCAGUCAUUCAUAUCUGUUAGCAGCCACCUUGGGGGAGGCAGAGAUAAUCUGCCUCUAAGCAAAGCUGGAGGUUUCACCAAACAUGGAUUAGAUCUAUUUUUUUUAAUUUUUUUUAAAUUUUUUUACAUGAAGCUGGUCUGGUCAUACAUGUUUGGGAACAACCAUGUCUCUUAAAGAAUUCUAUGAGCAAGGUGCAGCACCCUCUGAGUCUAGUCAGCAGAUUGCUUUAAAAUUAUUAAGUGGAAAAUUAAAAUCUUUAAAUGAACCCUCUCCAGUGCGAACUCUAAGCUUCUGUUCCUUUCAUGGCUUUGCCAGCUGGAUUCUGUUCAGCUGCUCUUGCGUGUCACUCAUAAUUUGAAUGUGUUCAUUUUUUAUUUCUUUUCUUAUUAAUGGUCACAUAUGAUUUACUUUCUGGAGUCUAGUGUUGUUCCUGCUGAUACACCUACAGUUGACUACAGACUCCUCACACUACCUUUGCUUAUUUUAUGAUUGCACUUUUAAAUUGCUGUGAACUCUUGUUCUUCAUCAAUGCUUUCUCAAUAAACUCUUAAAUCAACCGCUAUAUGAACCGAGAGGAUAAAAUGUGUGUGUGUGUGUAUAUAUAUAUAUAUAUAUAUAUAUAUAUAUAUAUAUAUAUAUGUGUGUGUAUAAACAGAAUCACAGUUCUUAAAGUAGCACUGUUGGAUAGGGUCCUGGACCUCAAUAGAUUGACAAUAAUUUAUUAUAAAAAGUACAUUAAUUUCCUGGCACAUUGCAUUCCAUUACUACAGCCCUAAGCAUCCUCCGAAGAGUAACCCCUUAAGGACACAACUUCUGGAAUAAAAGGGUAUUAUGAUGGAAUAUUUCCAUCAUGUGUCCUUAAGGGGUUAAGCUUGGACAGAAGCAGCUAUGGAAAAGUCUCUGUGGUGUAGCAGGUUUAAACCAAUUUAGUUCUUAAACCUGUUAUCAGACAUAUUAAAGCUAAUUCGCUUGUGUUAAUUUGAAAUCAAAACUGCAACGAUCUGGCCUAUAUUUUGCAUUGUUGUUUUCAUUUCACUACAAUUUUCCCAAUAGGUAAACAAACCCCAUUUAAGUUGCAUGCCUAAUGCCCAUUUUACCUGUUCUCCAUCAGCUGUAUUUAAAUAAUUAAAAACCUUGCUUCAAAGAGCAUAAACUCUGCAAAUGCAGGUGAAUGUUUUCUUCUUUAUUGCUAGCUAGUCCAACAAUGGAUAGCUGUCACAGAUGAUGUUUGAGCUAGACCGGUUUGUUAAGCAUUAUGGGAAGUGUAGUUUACACAAUUGUGCAAAGCCAUGUUGAACAGUCUGUAUUUAUUCUAAUAGCUGGUUCAUUUAUUUACUGUUCAUGUAGGAGGAAUCUCAACUACUUUUCCAAUACAUAUGCAGCCGCCGUAAGUGCAGUCGAUCCAGACGCUGGAAAUGGAGAGCUUUGCAUCAAAGUUCCAUGUGAAUUGUGGAAGCAUGUUGAUGGUAGGCAUAGGGUGGGGGUCAUUUUGCUUAGUAAUUAAAACAAAUAAAGAACUUUUUUAAAACUUUUUUUUAAUUUUUUUUUUAAAUGGGAUUUAAACUAAUUUGUGCCUCCCAUGUCCUAUGUUGGGACUUGGCUUGGAGGGAUACAGAGCAGCAUUUUUAUUUGUUGUUGGUUAUUAGUCCCAUGAACCACCUUCUUACAUUUUUUAGGUGCAGUAAAGAUCUGCAGGCACUGGUACUCGCUUACUGUUUUCUGAGGUACCAUUACAUGUAGCGAUUUUCUUCAAGAUGUUUCUUUACUGUAGAGUGAGUUUGGGUGAACCAACAACCAGUUUGUGCAGUUUAGGAAAAACUAACAGAUUUUUGUAGGAGUUUUGCAGACCUUUUCCAGCUUGGUUAUUUUGGCAGAGAUAUAGCAGUUUGGGUGUAAUUUCAAUAUCAUUUAUUGUUUCACUUGGCUUUAAACUUGCUAUAUUCUUUUUACAUUUAAAUUCUCUUGUAUGAUCAGUAUAUAAUUCCAAGUAAUAAUUGUGUGAAAUAUUGUUGUGUACUCUCUACAGAGCUGAAAGGUCUGAAAGUAAACAUUGAAUUCUCCUUGGAUCAGCCAAAAGGUGGGCUGCAUUUUGUGGUACCCAAUGUCGAAGGCAGCAUGGCAGAGCGGGGAGCUCAUGUAUUUUCAUAUGGAUAUCAGAACUCUACCAGGUAUGGUAACUUUAAAGGGACAAUACAGGCUGGAGUUAACUACUUAUUAUUAUGAUUAUUUUUUAUUUUAUUUUUUUACAAAAAUAUAUGCAUAAACAAUUUGCUCAAAUUUGUUAAGUAUCGACCGGCCUUGCAGCUUCUGCAGGGACAAUAGUUGCAUAGUGGGAACUGAUUAAAGCAAGGGUUUUUGGGAGUUGUAGCUAAAUUCAAUUGUAUAACUAAGAUAACAAAGUUUUUGAGAAAAUGAGAAGCUAACUUAUGUUUUUACAUCUGUGCUUUGAAUGCUUUAAUUACUAGAUUUAUUACGUAGGCUUUACUACAACAGUGUAGAGAAACCUAUUGCACAGCUUUUGCAGUAAAUAUGUGUAAUAACUAAACAUUAUUUAGUGUGCAGCUAAAGUAUUUAUUGAAUGAUCUAGUUACUUAGAGGUUGUUGCCUGCAUAGUCCUAUGGACUUGUUGAAUACAGUAUCAUGGAGUGGUGUACACAAAAAACAACAACUUUCAAAUCCUUUCAAGGGUGCAUGAAGUCACCUCUCAAAUAUAAAGAAUUUGGUAACACUGCAUGGUGUGUACGGAGUAUCGCUACGUAUACAAUAUUUUUGUGGAAUCUUUUGUCAUAUUAACAUACAAGAUAAAUAUGUCAUCUGUAACAAAUAAACUGCUCUUAGAGGCUCUCCUUCAUGCUUCCCAUAUUUGUUUGUCUCAUUUUUUUUGUCCCUGUAGGUUUUGGUUUCCUUGUGUUGAUUCUUACUCCGAGCUCUGCACAUGGAAGCUGGAGUUCACAGUUGAUGCGUCCAUGGUGGCGGUUUCAAAUGGAGAUCUAAUUGAAACGGUUUACACUCCUGACAUGAGGAAGAAGACCUUCCACUACACACUUGCAAUACCCACAGCUUCUCCUAACAUCUCCCUUGCAGUUGGUCCAUUUGAGAUCCUGGUUGACCCAUACAUGCAUGAGGUAAUGCACGAUUGCAGUCUAUCUGCACCUUAUCUAGAAAUGCAACUGUAAUAUUUUAACCAAUAGAUUUGUCAAACAAGUUAAAAAUACAGACUACUCACCAGUAUGAGAGGUCGUUCUGGGAGAAUAAAGGAUAAUCACCAGGAUUGAGAGCGAUGUUUAGGUGAUAAUCCGGUUAGUUUGAAUAUUAUAGGGAAAAUCCAAAAGGUUUGUUAAAGUCCAAUCCGGUUUGGCAACAGUAAAUCCGUGUAUAGGAAUAUCCAGGAGAAGGGUCAAAUCCAGCCCAGUCAACUGCACACAGGUAGAGGCACAUUAGUUGUGCACUGAGACAUUGAAGUUGAAGGUUUAAAUAGGUGGAUCCAUGAACUUCAAUUAGACUCUUAAAGUGAUUGGAAAGUGAAGUGAACCAUUUAAAGGAAUUGUUACAGUAACUUUAAAUGGUGUUCUGGUAUUUUACCUUGAAUUUCUCAUUUAGUAGAAAAAAAAUAUUUUCUGCAUGUCUGAGGGAUAUAUUUGACCCUUCUCAUUGACAAUCUAUUCUUUUUUUUUAUAGGUAACCCACUUCUGUUUACCUCAGCUGCUCCCACUCCUAAAACAUACUACCUCUUAUCUGCAUGAAGUGUUUGAGUUUUAUGAAGAGAUCCUUACAUGCCGUUAUCCGUAUUCCUGUUUUAAAACCGUUUUUGUUGAUGAAGCUUACCUUGAAGUAUCUUCAUACGCAUCCAUGAGUAUUUUCAGGUUGGUAUGAGCAUUAAUCUCCCUUAAAUUUCUAUCAUUGUCAUAUAUAUCCCCCAAGGUACCCUUCGUUUUUUUUUUGUUUUGUUUUUUUAUGUAUCCUCUUCAUGCUAACCAACUCUCCCCUCAAAUCAUUGUCACCUUUAACUUGAUUAUUGGCACACCUCCACUUUUUUUUAAAUGACUCCACUCUGGCUUUGGUGCAUCUAUAAUCCUAACAGCGGCCUAACACGUUCAUAUUUUUGACAGGACCCUACAAUUUAACCUGAGCUCAGAUCGUUUGCUUACUCUUACUUGGCCACUUGUUUUCUCACAACUCACCCCUUUUCUCCUGCAAUUAUUCUAGAUAUUUUUAUUUGUACCUCUUUUGAGACCAUCAAGUAAGGUUUUGUCAUCAUUUAUCAUUUCCCCUGCAUUUCUCAUCCAUGUCUACCUUGACCAUAUUACACUCUCUCACUCAUCACACCCUGACCAUACUACACCUCCUCACCUCUACCAUCUUACCUCUUAUUACACCCUCACUCCUUAUCACACCCUCACCCCUUAUCAAACCCUCACCCGACACCCUCACCCCUUAUAAAACCUAAACCUUCAUUAUAGCAUUACCCCUCAUCACAGCCUCACCCCUCGUCACAGCCUCACCUCAUAGAGCACCUUGUCCACUUCAAUCCAUUUCUCUGGAAAUGUCAUUGGGUGAGCAUUCUGUGGUGGUAAGGCACAAGCUUACCCAGUUGCCACAUUGUACUCUUUCACUAAUCGGUUCAAGUUUAUUUUAAAAAAAAUGUAAAAUGCUAAAGUGUCAUUUCAAGUGCAAACAUGGCCAUCUUUAUUGGUUUUAUUUAAUGGACAUUGCUUCCAUGUUACAUGGUGAGCAUUUAUAAACUGCUAAAUGUUUAAGGCCAUACUGACUUUUAACAAUUUCAUUAAGGUGAAUUUAGGAAAGUAUUUUUAUGUUUGCUCUUUGUCCUAUUUUGAUAUUUUUGGUUCAUAUUUCUUGUAGCACAAACCUUCUGCAUAGUGCUAUGAUCAUAGACCAAACUCCGUUGACUAGAAGAUGUCUGGCUCAGUCUUUGGCCCAGCAGUUUUUUGGAUGCUUCAUUUCCAGAAUGUCAUGGUGAGUAAACUACACAGCCUGACUGUGUUAAUAUUGACAAAUGCAUGUCUGUUAAAAAAUAAAAUAUGUGGGUAAUAUAUAAAAAAAAAAAAAAAAUGAAUAAACAUAAAUCGGCAGAUGAGCGACUAAAUAUUGAACAAUAUGGGAAGUAACAAAAAAAUAAAAAUAAUACGCCUAAUAGCUCACAAUAAUACAAAACAAAUAUUUUAAAACUUUAUUUAUCAUUAAUAUGACACACAUAAAAGGGCAAUUCUCAUUAAUAAACAAUAUAUUAGUAAAGCAAUAAUAAAAAAUAGCACAUGUCUGUUCUUGUACAUGGAGGAUGAUAAACACAUACUUUUGAGCAUGCCUUGCUUGGUUAUCUCUCAGGAAGCAUGGUGAAAGGGACACUAUAGUCACCAGAACCACUACUGCUUAAUGUUGUGAUUCCGGGACAUAAAACCAGUCACUAUAGGGUCAGCAAUGUAAACAAUGCCUUUUUCGAGGAAAGGCAGUGUUUUCAAUGCUGUCUAAGUCCACCUCUAGUGACUCUCACACGGACAGCUACUAGAGAGACUUCCUGGAUGAGGUCCUGCAAUGUUUAAUGCAUUGAUUGCCUAUGGGAGUCCAAAUCCAAUUCACAAAGGCGCCAUAGCGACUGCAGACCGAACAGCACGGUGAGAGCCAAAAGGUAAGUAAUUUUGUUUUAUUUAUUUCAUUUGUGGGUCAGGAACCAACUGCUGUAAUGUUUCUUUAACACUUUUACAUAUAUGCACAUACACUGAUCAGCCACAACAUUAAAACCACCUGCCUAAUAUUGUACAUGUCCCCCUUGUACUGCAAAAACAGCUUUGAUAUAUUAAAGUACAGACUCCACAAGAUCUCCAUGGAUUUGAUUUGCGUUGACACCCCACAAGACUUUUUGGAGAUGCUCUGACUCUGUCGUUUAGCCAUCACUAUUUGGCUCUUUUCAGACUAAUGCAGGUCUUUCCCCUUGCCCAUUUUUCCUACUUCCAACACAUGACAUUUAAGAACUGACUGUUCACUUGCUCCCUAAUAUAUCCCAUCCCUUGACAGGUGCCAUUGUAACAAUAUAAUCAACGCUAUUCACUUCACCUGUCAGUGGUUUUAUUGUUGUGGCUGAUCAGUGUAGAGAUUUAACCAGAAAAUGGAUGGUACAUGGUUAUUUUCCAGGGUAGAAUAGAUCACAAAUGUUACUAACAUAUUAUUUCCCAUUUUUGAUUUAUUCUUUUAAUUUUGUGAGGCCAUGGUGCCUUCACAUAUUUUAUUGUACUAUUUAAUACUACAAUGAUAAAUAUUUUUUAUGUAGUACUUAUAACAUUUAUUUGUUUAUUUUUAACUUGUAUUUAUUAUUUGUGACACAAACUAAUCUGUGUUUGGUGGAAAACUGGAUUUCAUGCUAAACACACAAUUUACCUGCAGUCACAGCAGCCACUUUGAGCGUGUGACAUUGCCAGCCAUCCUGCUGCCAUUCAUACGAGUUUAUGAUGAUCUCAUUCAUAUUCCUCGUUUUUGCAGGUCUGACGAGUGGGUUCUGAAAGGCAUAUCUGGAUAUAUUUACGGCCUCUGGAUGAAGAAAACAUUUGGUGUUAAUCAAUAUCGUCACUGGAUCAAAGAAGUAAAAAAAAAUCUGUUUAAAUUUCCAGUAUUACACUCUCUCACCCUUUUUCUCUUAGCAAUUUCUCCUGACUUAUAAAGUAUGUAAUAUUGAAGACCACCUGAAACAAGCAGGGUUGUUUAUUAAACCAUGGUUUGGGAAUUUGAAAAUUUCUGCAGCUUGGCUAUUUUGAACUAAAAAUUUAAAUUUGCUGUUUAAUUAGCAGCAAUUCACUGAUUAGUGAAUAAGUCUGUAAGUAUUAGCAUCAACACAGCUGUUUCUCCUCCUGUAAUGUUUUGUCAUUUAGAAAAAACUUAGAAAAUUAUUGCCUAAAUUAUGCUGGCAUUUGAGUCAAGUUAUGUGGAUCUUCAAUGUUUUUAACUUUCAUUGUAUGCCUGGCAGUCCUGCUACAUCUGAAGGAUACCAUCUACAUUCAUUUAGCCUCCACAGUGCUGUGCAUGCCGCACCAGGUGGAUAUGAGAGUGUGACAUGUCUAGAGCUAGGUUCAUUUCUAUCUUUCAGAAACACCUGGGGCUUAACCCCAAUUUGAUGUCCUCAAUAUUAUGUAUCCCCACCUUUCUAUGCUAUGUUCCCUCCUCUCUACCCAUGAAUAGUGUGCUGCUGAUAAUAUCUAGAAUAUAAGUUAAAUCAUUGCCAUAAACAAGCGCAUGACGUUCACCCAGGUGUAAAUGUAAUCUUGCCGUGCUACCUGCCUAAAAAAGGGGUGUGCAGCAUAGUUCUAUUCCCAGCACAUCAUUUCAUGUGUUUCUUCCUUCAACUCCAUUUAAAUAAGCUCUACAGUUUAAUGUGUUGUUAAUCAUACUUGCUUGUCAGGCAGCUCAGUGAGAAAUAGUUUGGAUGAGUAUGUAUUAGAAGAAAAAAACAAAACAAUAUUCCUGCAAGAAACCCAAGAUCAGUGGUUAGUAUAUUACACAAUUAUUUGAUGUUGGCAAUUAUUAGCCAACGAUGUCCUCCAUAAUUGGUUUAUGUAAAUCGAUGAUUUCUUCUGCUCUUGACCCCACCCUUAUUUAUUUCAGUUAAUGGAUUUUAUUUUUAAUAUUAGGAGCUGGACAUGAUUGUAGCCCAUGAACUGAGGACAGGAGGGGUUUUACUCCAUCCCAUAUUUUCUGCUGGCAAAGAAAAGGACAAGUGAGUCAGUUUACUUUUUGUAUUUCUUUCAGUUGUGUGUAAAGCUCCUGUUCAAUUCUUGUGAAAACAGUCAAAAUGAACGUUAUAGAACGGUUCUGGAGACAUGAUCAUAAACCACGAGGCCAUAAAGCUCCCUGUGGGUGGUUGUUUAAUUUAGCACUUAUUUCCUGCUCUGUUAAUUAAACACACUGGGCUGUAAGAUCUGAUUGAAAAUGAAGCCAUUAUUUUUUAUGGAGGCUGUGUGACUCACAGCCAGGGGAGGUGUAACUAGGACUGCUUACACAGAUUUCACUCCUGAAAGGUAGAUGACUGAGCAGUAUGACUGCAGGGGUGUUAGCAAAAUUUAAUUAAGCUACACAUACUGUACUUAGCUAUCAAAGAAAAGGGAUGAUGAAGAUUCCAUGGGAACAUCCCAUUGUAGUUACCUGAAGGUGUAUGGGGAGGGAAUGCCAGAAAGGGUCUUAUAUAAACACAAAUAAUAAAAAAUAAUUUCAUUAACACCAACAUAUUCUGGAGAUUUUUACAAAUUACAGUUGCAAGAAAACCAUUUGGAAUGAUAUGGAUUUCUGCACAAAUUGGUCAUAAAAUGUGAUCUGAUCAUCAUCUAAGUCACAACAAUCACAGUCUGCUUAAACUAAUAACACACAAAGAAUGAGAUGUUGCCAUGUUUUUAUUGAACACACCAUGUAAACAUUCAAAGUGCAGGUGGAAAAGGUAUGUGAACCCCUAGAUUAAUGACAUCUCCAAGAGCUAAUUGGAGUGAGAUGUCAGUCAACUGGAGUCCAAUCAAUGAGAUGAGAUUGGAGGUGUUGGUUACUGCUGCCCUGCCCUAUAAAAAACACACACCAGUUCUGGGUUUGCUUUUCACAAGAAGAAUUGCCUGAUGUGAAUGAUGCCUCGCACAAAAGAGCUCUCAGAAGACCUAUGAUUAAGAAUUGUUGCCUUGCAUAAAGCUGGAAAGGGUUAUAAAAGUAUCUCCUAAAGCCUUGCUGUUCAUCAGUCCACGGUAAGACAAGUUGUCUAUAAAUAAAAGUUCAGCACUGCUGCUACUCUCCCUUGGAUUGGCCGUCCUGUAAAGAUGACUGCAAGAGCACAGCGCAGACUGCUCAAUGAGGUGAAGAAGAAUCCUAGAGUGUCAGCUAAAGACUUACAAAAGUCACUGGCAAAUGCUAACAUCCCUGUUAACGAAUCUACAAUACAUAAAGCACUAAACAAGAAUGGAUUUCAUGGGAGGAUACCACAGAGAAAGCCACUGCUGUCCAAACAAAACAUUGCUGCAUGUUUACAGUUUGCACGUGGAUGUUCCACAACAGUACUGGCAAUAUAUUCUGUAGACAGAUGAAACCAAAGUUGAGUUGUUUGGAAGAAACACACAACACAAUGUGUGGCGAAAAAAAAGGCACAGCACACCAACAUCAAAACCUCAUCCCAACUGUGAAGUAUGGUGGUGGGGGCAUCAUGGUUUGGGGCUGCUUUGCUGCGUCAGGGCCUGGACGGAUUGCUAUCAUCGAAGGAAAAAUGAAUUCCCAAGUUUAUCAAGACAUUUUGCAGGAGAACUUAAGGCCAUCUGUCUACCAGCUGAAGCUCAACAGAAGAUGGGUGUUGCAACAGGACAAUGACCCAAAGCAUAGAAGUAAAUCAACAACAGAAUGGCUUAAACAGAAGAAAAUACGCCUUCUGAAGUGGCCCAGUCAGAGUCCUGACCUCAACCUGAUUGAGAUGCUGUGGCAUGACCUCAAGAAAGCGAUUCACACCAGACAUCCCAAGAAUAUUGCUGAACUGAAACAGUUCUGUAAAGAGGAAUGGUCAAGAAUUACUCCUGACUGUUGUGCAUGUCUGAUCUGCAACUACAGGAAACGUUUGGUUGAAGUUAUUGCUGCCAAAGGAGGUUCAACCAGUUAUUAAAUCCAAGGGUUCACAUACUUUUUCCACCUGCACUGUGAAUGUUUACAUGGUGUAUUCAAUAAAAACAUGGCAACAUUUCAUUCUUUGUGUGCUAUUAGUUUAAGCAGACUGUGAUUGUCUAUUGUUGUGACUUAGAUGAUGUUCAGAUCACAUUUUAUGACCAAUUUGUGCAGAAAUCCAUAUCAUUCCAAAGGGUUCACAUACUUUUUCUUGCAACUGUAAAUGUCAGGAUACAAGAGAAAACUAAGACCAACUAUUACAAGAGUUUCUAAGAAACAAGGUCAAACGAGCUUACAAUCUAGAGAAAGUGAACUUUUUAAUUCAUAUGUGGCUUACCAUAAAUGCAUAUAUUUUGCACCCAACAAAUCUGUUACUUUAAGAGACUUUACUAUAACUUGGAUGGCUAUAUGUACAUCCGUACACCAAUAUCUUGGCCUGUUAUUGCAGGAUUUGUCUCCAUGGGCAGCGUCCCUUUAUGGCAUAUAGCUGUAAAAGCAUUUCUUGAGUCACCCCGGUAACUGCGCUUUGACAAGUUGGGAGUGAAUCAGUUGUGCGCAGUCCAUGUUGCCACUCUUUCUGGUUAAUGACCAUCUCUGUGCUUGUAGGAUCCCAUUCAUAGGUUUAUUGUAUUUAUUUUUUAUUUUUUUUUGUACCCAGCCACAGUGCACUAAUCAAGCAAUUCAUUCUAAAUGUAAGACAGCCCUCCAUGAAUCCCCAUUAUUCACUGAUAUUGAUUCACUGGCUGCUGUGCCACUUGAUUUCACAAUUCACAUUCUACUCCUUCUCUUUCUGAACUUCAGCAGUUUGAAUUAAUUAUUAAUAGAUCUCAAACAUUUCUGCAAUCAUAACGUUGCCUUUAUGUGGCUUUCAUAAAGGAAUUGCACAUUAUUGUUGAAUUGUUCAUACAUUCUAAUUUAAUGGAUGGCUGUUUGCAGAAUUAUUAGUGACAAACAUUAAUAUUUCACCAUUCUAUUUUACAGCCCUUCUUCACACCUCCACUUCUCUAUAAAACACCCUCAUACUUUGUCCUGGGAGUAUUACAGCAUGUUCCAGUGCAAAGCUCACCUCGUCAUGCGACUGAUAGAAAACCGCAUCAGUAUGGAAUUCAUGCUGCAGGUAAAAGCAACAGUGGAGAUGGGUUUCACUUGCUUAACAUGGGGUUUGUGGGCUUUGAUUCUGCAAUAACUAGUAGACAGAAGCUUCUCGGUGGAGCAGCAACAAUUAAUAGAAUUAAUGGAGAUUAGGAUAAGCAAGCUCUGUGCACCAUAGCCUAUCCAAGGGGGAUAUUUUCGUGGUGCUUUCCCUUAAAAAUUAUAAAGAAUCCAUAAUAAAUAUGAUGCUUUUGCGAUAUGAUAAACUGUGCAGAUUUCUCUUAACCCUUUUUUUUCUUGUCAUAGACCAUUAUUCAGCAUCACUUUAGCCUCCUGUCUUUCAGUUGUUUUCCUUAUACACACCAUAUUAGUAAUAUUUAAUAUCCUUUACACAGGGUGUUCUAUUUACUGCCAAAAGGAACACUUUUUCCCCCUCCUUUUGCUUUAAUGUGUUUCUUUGAGCUGCACAUGAUUGCGUUUCCUGAUAGUCAAAUGGGUUAUUGAAGCAGACACCAGAAUAAAAGGCAAACUCCAAUUACAAGAUGAUUUAGGAGCGUCUGAUGGCACCUGAAUCUUCAGAGACAAUUUGGAGAACCCAAAUGAAAUGGAUCCACUGUUGACCCUGGCCAGCAUGGUCCUGUACGAGCUUCACUCAAAACUGUCUGGUUUUCUGGUAGCAGUCAUUGUGGACUCAAGCCAGCAUGGUCAGUUAGAAGUUGGCAAAACUGUCCUGUUUCCUGGUAGCUCAUUAAACUAUUACUGACAACUUCCUGGCAUGCAGGGCCUAUCAAAACCCUGAUGGCAGACGGACUGUGAAAAUAUUUGAAUAUGCAAAAUUUACGGAGGAACGUUGGCCAAAAGUUUAAGCCUAUAUUAAACUAACACUUUAUUUAAAAGAGAUUUUUAUUUAUAUUAUUGUGGCCAGCCUAAGGCACACCUUUGCAAUAAUCAUGCUUUCUAAUCAGCAUCUUGAUAUGGCACACCUGUGAGGUGGAUGGAUUAUCUCGGCAAAAGAGUGACCAAUAUUGGCAAGAAAUAGGCCUUUUGUGUACAUAGAAAAAAGUCUUAGAUCUUUGAGCUCAGCUCAAAAAAAAAUGGGGGCAAAAACAAGUGUUGAGUUUAUAAUUUUGUUCAGUGUACACGCACACGCUCUCACUCUCUCGCCAUUGCAACAACAAAAUAAUCUGUGCGGUAUAACCUCAGCCAAUAUCCAUAGGUAUCUGCAUAGCAGGGAUAUGUUAGGGAGUCACCAUUUACAGCCACUCUACUGUGAUGUAUUUGUAAGCAAGUUGAAAACAUAGAAACAUAGAAACAUAGAGUGUGACGGCAGAUAAGAACCAUUCGGCCCAUCUAGUCUGCCCAAUUUUCGAAAAACUUUCAUUAGUCCCUAGCCUUAUCUUAUAGUUAGGAUAGCCUUAUGCCUAUCCCAUGCAUGCUUAAACUCCUUUACUGUGUUAACCUCUACCACUUCAGCUGGAAGACUAUUCCAUGCAUCCACUACCCUCUCAGUAAAGUAAUACUUCCUGAUAUUAUUUUUAAACCUUUGUCCCUCUAAUUUAAGACUAUGUCCUCUUGUUGUGGUAGUUUUUCUUCUUUUAAAUAUAGUCUCCUCCUUUACUGUGUUGAUUCCCUUUAUGUAUUUAAAUGUUUCUAUCAUAUCCCCCCUGUCUCGUCUUUCCUCCAAGCUAUACAUGUUAAGAUCCUUUAACCUUUCCUGGUAAGUUUUAUCCCGCAAUCCAUGAACCAGUUUAAUAGCCCUUCUCUGAACCCUCUCUAAGGUAUCAAUAUCCUUCUGAAGAUACAGUCUCCAGUACUGUAUACAAUACUCCAAGUGAGGUCUCACCAGUGUUCUGUACAAUGGCAUGAGCACUUCCCUCUUUCUACUGCUAAUACCUCUCCCUAUACAACCAAGCAUUCUGCUAGCAUUUCCUGCUGCUCUAUUACAUUGUCUGCCUGUAGCGUUACUUACCUUAACCGGGGGCCGGUCGCGGUCCUCUCUUCAAGCCGCGCGCGGUCCUGCGGCUGCACGAGCCGCGCGCGGCUCAUCCAACUGCUUUGGAUGGAAGGCGGGCAGUGACCGCGUGAGGCGGUCACGUGUCCCGCCUGAAACGAAGAGCGCGCCGCGAGUCUCGGGCGCGCUCUUAAAGAGACAGUGGGAGCCUAAUUGCCAAAAGGCUCCCAUUGGCUCCUGUCAUGCCACACUCCCUAUACAAUUACCUAUGGGGGGUGUGGAAGUGACAGGAGCCAAUCACUUUCGUUUAAAAGCUAUUUAAACUUACCUUUUUCCCUUAGCUCGUUGCCCUAUCGUGGUUUCUGUUUCAGUUCCCUUUAGCGCUUGUGGUGUUCAGUUGUGUUUUCUCGUAUUGACUUUGGCUUCGUAUUCUGACUUCGUUUUCGCUUUAUCCUUAUCUGUACUGUUUGCCGGCUUGCUGUUUUCCGUGUACCAGACCCCGGCUUGUCCUAGUUUACGCUGUCUCUCUGUGCCCUUGACCUCGGUUUGUUCCUGGCUCUGUCUCCUCUCAUAUACGUCGAGUCCGGCCAUUCUAAGGUCCGGUAGACGUAUCUCUCCUCUGUAUUUGCCUCUGUUUAGCUGGAUCCUGCGUGUAGGGGUAUAUUCUCGUUACAUUACGAUGGGCCAUGGACCCCGCAGAUUUAGCUCAACAGAUGGCGUCCCAUGAGGCAAGAUUUGUAGAGCAGGAUCACCGUAUGGAUCAGAUAGCUCAGGCUCUCCAGACGCUCCUAGCUAGAACCGUUCCAGCAACCACACCUAACCCUCCUACCGCCCCUUCUCCCUGAAGUAUCUACUUUGCCUAAUACUUCGGCCCAUUUAACACCUCCUCCUAGGUAUGGAGGGGACUCUAAGACUUGCAGAGGGUUUAUUAAUCAAAUUGAAUUUCACUUCGAAAUGUAUCCACGUUCAUUUCCCACAGAGAGGUCUAAGGUUGGGUUCUUUAUGCACCAACUUACCGAUAAGGCACUUGAGUGGGCAAAUCCUAUUUGGGAAGCUAAUGGACCUAUGGUACAUGAUUUCAACAGUUUUCUUACGGCUUUUCGUAGAACUUUUGACACAAUGAAAAGGUCAAAGAAUGCCGCGAGAGCAUUAAUGAGAAUUAAACAGGGUUCUAGGUCUGUGGCUGAUUAUGCUAUUCAGUUUCGCACUCUUGCUUCGCAGGUAGAUUGGACCAACAAUGGGUUAACUACUGCCUUUAUGGAAGGUUUGUCAGAUACGAUAUUGGAUGAGGUAGUAGCUAAGGAGCUUCCUAUUGCCUUAGAGGACCUUAUCGAUUACCUCAUUGAUAUAGAUAAUAGAAUUCGUGACAGGCUCUAUACCAAGAACAGGAAUAGACGUUUUGUUACACCCAUUAACCCCAGAGUUAAUAUACCAGAGAGUGUUAAAGUGUCUGAGGAGGAACCUAUGCAAUUAGGGGUUGCCAAACUCUCUGAUACUGAGAAAUUACAUAGGAGAAGGGAGGGACUUUGCCUAUACUGUGGUAGGAGAGACCAUAUGGUAAAGGAAUGUCCUUUACUCCCGGAAAACUCUCGCACCUAAGACCUUAUAGGGGACUGGCCUUGGGUGUGAUAUCUAAGUCUCCUAAAUUGCCUCCUAACCGCUUGCUUCUCCCGGUUUCUUUAUAUAUGGGAGAGAUUUGUAUAGUUGACAACAUAUAUGCUCUGGUUGACUCAGGGGCAGCUGAAAAUUUUAUAGACUCUGGCUUUAUAAAGAGAAACAACAUUCCCAUCAGAGAGAAGGAGAUACCCUUGGCCGUUGAGGCCAUAGAUGGUAGACCAUUAAGUUCUCCAGUUGUUACUCAUGAGACUGUACCAUUACACAUGUACACAGGGGUUUUACACUAUGAAACCAUUCGAUUCCAGGUCAUCACCUCUCCCUCUUCACAGUUAGUAUUAGGGUAUCCAUGGUUACGUGCUCACAAUCCCAUUUUUGACUGGGAGACAGGGCAAAUAAAAUCAUGGAGUGAGGCCUGCCACGAGUCUUGUACGUUGGAAGUCACACCUUUGAAUUCUAUUGAGGUACCUACCAGUCCUCCUUUGUCUAUGGUUAUACCCCCUCAGUAUUUAUCUCUAAAGACUGUUUUCGAUAAAAGGGAGGCUGAGAAAUUACCGCCUCACAGACCCUAUGAUUGCGCUAUUGACUUGUUGCCUGGCACUAUACCUCCAAAGGGCAGGGUGUACCCCUUAUCGGUUCAAGAAAACCGUGUCAUGGAGGAGUAUAUUAAGGAAUCACUAGAAAAGGGGUUUAUUAGGAGAUCCUCUUCUCCAGCUGGAGCAGGGUUCUUCUUUGUAUCGAAGAAAGAAGGUGAUUUAAGACCGUGUAUAGAUUAUAGAGGUCUAAACAAAAUCACUAUCAAAAAUGCAUACCCUAUACCUUUAAUUACAGAAUUAUUUGACAGGCUGAAACAUGCCACUGUGUUCACUAAAUUAGACCUUAGGAGUGCAUACAAUUUGAUACGUAUAAAGGAAAAUCACGAAUGGAAGACUGCAUUCAACACUAGAUCCGGUCAUUACGAAUAUACUGUUAUGCCAUUUGGGCUUUGCAAUGCCCCAGCAGUAUUCCAAGAAUUUAUUAAUGAUGUCUUAAGAGAUUUUAUUCACACAUUUGUUAUCGUAUACUUGGACGACAUUUUAAUAUAUUCUACAGAUAUACACACUCAUCACAGACAUGUUACGACAGUUUUGAAGACCCUUCUUGCUAAUGGUCUUUAUUGCAAGCUAGAAAAAUGUCUGUUUGACCAAACCGAAGUCCAGUUCUUGGGGUAUUUGAUUUCCGCUAAAGGUUUUCGUAUGGAUCCCCAGAAGCUUGCUGCUGUAAUAGAAUGGCCUCUACCGCAAGGUCUGAAAGCUAUUCAGCGUUUUCUUGGGUUCUCCAAUUAUUAUAGACGUUUUAUCAAAGGUUUCUCGUCCAUUGUAGCACCUAUUACCCGUAUGACUAAAAAGGAUGGCAAUACUCGUGUUUGGUCUACCGAGGCACUUCAGGCUUUUGAAUUUCUUAAAACUACGUUCGCCUCUGCACCUAUUUUACAGCAUCCUGUCCCCUCACUGCCCUAUAUUCUUGAAGUUGAUGCUUCGGAUAUUGGGGUAGGUGCUGUCUUAUCCCAAAGAGAGUCGCCUGAGAAGCCAUUGCAUCCAUGCGGCUUCUUUUCUAAACAAAUGUCCAAAGCAGAGAAAAAUUAUGAUGUGGGUAAUUGCGAACUCCUUGCUAUUAUUUUAGCACUUAAAGAGUGAGACAUUUGUUAGAAGGAACUAAGGAUCCUAUCCUCAUUUUUACGGAUCACAAGAACCUAUCCUACCUUAGCGAAGCCAAAAGAUUGUCUUCCAGGCAGGCUAGGUGGUCACUAUUUUUGUCCCGUUUCAAUUUUAUUAUCACCUAUAGGCCAGGUGAUCGCAACACUAAAGCAGACGCUCUGUCCAGACAGUUCGAAACUACUGACAAACAGGAGAUUGAUGUUACUCCUGUCAUUCCCCAGACAGGAUAAUAGCUACUACUAUUUUGUCUAUUUCCUCGUCCCUCUUGCAGGCCAUACAAGCGAAACAAAGCAUGGCACCUAGCGAGAGGCCUAAUGAUAAACUGUUCGUUGAUGUUCCUGAGAGACGGGAUAUUAUGUCAUUAUAUCAUGAUACUAAGACUGCUGGACAUCCUGGUAUUUCCAAAACGGUGUCAGCUGUUUCUCGGUAUUUUUGGUGGGAUUCCUUACGAAAGGAUGUCACUGACUAUAUAAGUGCUUGUACUACUUGUGCCUGUAUGAAAUCCUCCCGUAGAGUUCCUUGUGGGCUGUUGCAUCCGUUACCCGUUCCCGAGAGACCUUGGUCUAACCUGUCCAUGGAUUUUAUUGUUGAAUUACCCCCUUCAAAUGGUAACACAGUAAUCCUGAUGAUAGUGGAUCGGUUCUCCAAAAUGGCUCACUUCGUGUCUCUUCACAAGUUGCCCACAUCCAAGGAACUGGCUCAUAUCUUCGCUAGAGAAGUAUUUCGAUUACAUGGGAUUCCCGUAUCUAUUGUAUCCGAUAGGGGUAGCCAAUUUAUUUCCAGGUUCUGGAGGGCCUUUUGUUCAGAAAUGGGUAUUUCUCUCUCAUUUUCUUCCGCUUAUCAUCCCCAGUCUAAUGGGGCUGCUGAACGUGCCAACCAGUCUCUGGAGCAAUACCUCCGUUGUUUUGUGUCUCACCAUCAGGACAAUUGGUCUGACCUGCUUCCUUGGGCUGAAUUUGCUCGGAAUAACGCCACUCAUGAUUCUUCCGGCAAGAGCCCUUUUUACGUUGUCUAUGGCCAGCAUCCCGUUGUUCUUCCGGCUGCAUUCUCCUCACAGGGCAUGCCAGUUCUGGAUGAGCAUUUGGCUGGUUUGCGUAAUACUUGGGAGCAGGUUCAGCGUUCUUUGGUGGACUCUGCUACUCGCCAGAAGGCUCAGGCUGACAAGCAUCGCAGAGCAGCUCCGUCCUAUGUUGUGGGGGACAGGGUUUUGCUUUCCACGCGGAAUAUUCGUCUCCGGGUGCCUUCUAUGAAAUUGGCUCCCCGCUUCAUUGGACCUUAUCGUAUUAUACAUAAGGUUAAUCCUGUUUCUUAUGCCUUAGGCCUGCCUAAGAAUCUACGUAUUCCUAAUGUUUUUCACACCUCAUUGUUGAAACCUUUCGUACGCAACCGCUAUACCCGGCAUACUCCUCCUCCCCCUCCUAUCUCGGUGGAGGGUCAUGAGGAGUUUGAAGUGUCUGCUGUUCUUGACUCUCGUUUCCUUAGGGGUCGACUUCAGUACUUGGUACAUUGGAAGGGUUAUGGGCCUGAGGAGCACAGUUGGAUUUCGGCUGAUGCUGUCCAUGCUCCCCGUCUUGUGCGCUCUUUCCAUUCUCGUUUUCCUGCCAGGCCUGGUCCUACCCGCCCGGGGGGCGUGUCCUCAGGGGGGGGUACUGUAGCGUUACUUACCUUAACCGGGGGCCGGUCGCGGUCCUCUCUUCAAGCCGCGCGCGGUCCUGCGGCUGCACGAGCCGCGCGCGGCUCAUCCGACUGCUUUGGAUGGAAGGCGGGCAGUGACCGCGUGAAGCGGUCACGUGUCCCGCCUGAAACUAAGAGCGCGCCGCGAGUCUCGGGCGCGCUCUUAAAGAGACAGUGGGAGCCUAAUUGCCAAAAGGCUCCCAUUGGCUCCUGUCAUACCACACUCCCUAUACAAUUACCUAUGGGGGUGUGGAAGUGACAGGAGCCAAUCACUUUCGUUUAAAAGCUAUUUAAACUUACCUUUUUCCCUUAGCUCGUUGCCCUAUCGUGGUUUCUGUUUCAGUUCCCUUUAGCGCUUGUGGUGUUCAGUUGUGUUUUCUCGUAUUGACUUUGGCUUCGUAUUCUGACUUCGUUUUCGCUUUAUCCUUAUCUGUACUGUUUGCCGGCUUGCUGUUUUCCGUGUACCAGACCCCGGCUUGUCCUAGUUUUCGCUGUCUCUCUGUGCCCUUGACCUCGGUUUGUUCCUGGCUCUGUCUCCUCUCAUAUACGUCGAGUCCGGCCAUUCUAAGGUCCGGUAGACGUAUCUCUCCUCUGUAUUUGCCUCUGUUUAGCUGGAUCCUGCGUGUAGGGGUAUAUUCUCGUUACACUGCCUACCUUUAAGUCAUCAGAAAUAAUCACCCCUAAAUCCCUUUCCUCAUAUGUUGAGGUUAGGACUCUAUCAAAUAUUCUGUACUCUGCCCUUGGGUUUUUACGUCCAAGAUGCAUUAUCUUGCACUUAUCCACAUUAAAUGUCAGUUGCCACAAUUCUGACCAUUUUUCUAGUUUACCUAAAUCAUUUGUCAUUUGGCUUAUCCCUCCUGGAACAUCAACCCUGUUACAUAUCUUAGUAUCAUCAGCAAAAGACAUACCUUACCAUCAAGACCUUCUGCAAUAUCACUAAUAAAAAUAUUAAAGAGAAUGGGUCCAAGUACAGAUCCCUGAGGUACCCCACUGGUGACAAGUCCAAGCUUUGAAUAUAUUCCAUUAACUACAACCCUCUGUUGCCUGUCACUCAGCCACUGUCUUACCCAUUCAACAAUAUUGGAAUCCAAACUUAAAGAUUGCAGUUUAUUGAUAAGCCUUCUAUGUGCAACAGUGUCAAAAGCCUUACUGAAAUCUAGGUAAGCAAUGUCUACUGCACCACCCUGAUCUAUAAUUUUAGUUACCCAAUCAAAAAAAUCAAUAAGAUUAGUUUGGCAUGAUCUCCCUGAAGUAAACCCAUGUUGUCUUUGAUCUUGAAAUCCAUGUGUUUUUAGAUGUUCAUCAAUCCUAUCCUUUAACAUGGUUUCCAUCACUUUCCCCACUACUGAAGUAAGGCUUACUGGCCUAUAGUUGCCCGACUCCUCCCUAUUACCUUUCUUGUAAAUGGGCACAACAUUCGCUAACUUCCAAUCUUCUGGGACUACUCCUGUUAACAAUGAUUGGUUAAAUAAAUCUGUUAAUGGUUUUGCUAGUACACCACUAAGCUCUUUUAAUAGCUUUGGGUGUAUUCCAUCAGGUCCCAUUGACUUAUUUGUCUUUACUUUUGACAGUUGAAAUAGAACCUCUUCCUCUGUAAACUCACGUGUAAUAAAUGACUCAUUUAUCCUUUUUCUCAACUGAGGUCCCUUUCCUUCAUUUUCUUCUGUAAAUACAGAACAAAAAUAUUCAUUGAGGCAGUCAGCCUGACCUUUAUCCUCUUCUACAUACCUUCCUUCUUUUGUUUUUAAUCUAACUAAUCCUUGUUUUACUUUUCUUUUCUCAUUUAUGUAUCUAAAAAAUGUUUUAUCCCCCUUUUUUACUGACUGUGCUAUUUUCUCUUCUGUGUGUGAUUUGGAAGCUCUUAUAACUUGCUUAGCCUCUUUCUGCCUAAUCUUAUAGAUCAUUUUGUCUCCCUCACUCUGGGUUUUUUUAUAAUUCCUAAAUGCUAACUUUUUGUUUUUAACUAUUUUGGCCACAUCUGCGGAGUACCACAGUGGUUUCUUGAAUUUUUUGCUUUUACUGACAAGCCUAAUGCAAUUUUCUGUUGCCUUCAAUAGAGCAACUUUUAAAUAAUCCCAUUUUUCUUGGACUCCAUUUAAAUUGCUCCAGUCUGAUAAUGACUCCUCUAGCACUAGUGACUGGUGGUACCAAUUCCAUUUUUCGAAAUGUAAGGUAGCAUGAGUAUACAUGUUGUGACAAAACGGUCUUAAUGUUUUGUUGGAUGUGAUUUUAAAAAAAAUAUAUAUAUUUUUUUUAAUGGUUUGUUUUUUUGCAAAAAGAUAAAACACAUUUUCUUGGUUCUUCACAUGUGAUGCUUAGACAGUGGCACAAUAUUCCUAUUCACCUUUCAGUUUUAGAACCUAUAUUGUAGUUUUGUUUUUCUUUUUUCAUUGCAGGUUUUCAACAAGCUUUUAAGUUUGGCCAGCACAGCUUCCUCUCAGAAGUUCCAGUCCCACAUGUGGAGUCAGAUGUUGGUUUCCACAUCUGGGUUUCUGAAAUCCAUCUCUAACGUGUCUGGAAAAGACAUCCAACCUUUAAUAAAACAGUGGGUGUAUCCUUCUCUGUUCUGAGUGGGUUUCAUAAUUGUCUGCGCUAACUUGGUACAUGUGUGCAAACGUUAUUUACUUUGUUUUCUGGAUACUUUAUAUAGUGCAAAUACCUGGGGUUUGGAGGACAUCCAGUAGCGUCAAACACAAAGAAAUCAAUAAACUCCUGUGGGCCAGGUGAUCAACAAUUUGCAUGGGGGGGAAAAAGGAAUCUUUAUUUUCAUUGUCUGUAUCUGUGAGCUGUGAGAUAAUAGGAUUUUUUUGAAUCAUGCCCGUCAAAGCUAUUUUAUUUUUUUGUCUCUGGAUUGCUAUAGAAGUGUGUGUGUGUGUGUGUGUGUGUGUGUGUGUGUGUGUGUAUGUGUAUAUAUAUAUAUAUAUAUAUAUAUAUAUAUAUAUAUAUAUAUAUAUAUAUGUGGCAUAUAAUAUGUUCCUGUGUUAAAUACUUAGGGAGAUCCUGUUGGAAUCACAAUAGCACCUGCGAGAGAAGGUCCUGGUAACAUCAGCCAUUUCAGGGGAUGUUCCAUAUUUGUGUUCUCAUGUAGAAACACCGCUGCAAAGCAACACAUAGCAAGUGCUGUUGUAAUGCACUAUUUUUUUUCCUUUUUCAUUUAGAAGAAUGGCCUCAUUAGUAGCAUUGAGCGACAAAUGUGUGUUUGUAAUUUAUGUUCCCUUCAUAUAUGCAAGGAUUACAGGUACAGUGUUUAUGCUAAGAAGCCACAUAUUUGAACAUGCUUGGUUAAGACUUAACAGUAUCUUCCAGAGACCAAAGCGGUGUAGUCAAGUUUUAUGGCAGUUUUGCAUUUAAUAGAAAAAGAAAUGUUUUGGAAUUGGAAAUCAAGCAGGACUAUACAUCGUUGGGAACACAGAAAUAUGUGGUAAGGGGCUGUUGUUUUAAUAAAGACCUAUCUGCCUGAACUAGAAAUGGCAAACAACCUUUUGUCUUUUGCAACGUUUUAAAUAGAUGUACCACAUCCAUGGCAGCGGCUAUACUUUAAUUUUUUUUUCCCUUUCUUUUUGGAUUAAGAGAGGGAGAAAAUCUCCAUAGUUGGGAAGACGGAGCUCAUCCGUUCUGCCAGCUGGUUUCCAGCGAUGUCUGAGGCUUCAAUGAUGAAGCCACGGAUUGGCUGACGCUCUGAGCCUCUCACUAGCUUCUCAAUCACUAAACUGCGUGACAGAGGUAUGUACCCAUGCCCAGCCUUUGAGGCCUAAGACAUUACUGGAAACCAACUGGCAGAGUGGACGUCUAAACAACUUUGGGGUUAAACCAUUUGUAAACGGUGCAACUGAUGCAGGUGAGAUGGCAUCCAGGACCUCCUGGCACUGUAUCAACUUAUGGUGUCCAGAAUGUUCCUUUAAUGGGCCACCUGGCACAUGGAUGACUAAACACAGAUAUUUAGCCAAAAAUGUAAUGAAAGGAAAGUAAAAACUCAAUUAAAUAAUGGCAUUUUAAUUAAUGAGUUGCUAUGACAAAAUAUCAUAAACACCUAGAUGGAAUCUAUUCACAUUUCAUGGACUCUUACACAGAGAAAGAAAAUAGCUAUUUAUCUUCGUAAUUAAAUAUAUUAAAAAAAAGAAUAUUUGCACCAUAAUCAUUUCAGUUGGAUGAAGUGGUUAUGGUGCAAUGUCAUCCUUUAAUUUAGAAGACAAGUAUCAUAUUCAUCAGAUAUUUUUUUUUAAAUUCCUCACUGACUGUGCACAUCAUACAAAAGUUUAUAAUGCUUACCCUGCUAUUGUUUCAUGGUAGUGUUUCAUGGCCUCCAGUAGUGGCCCAAUUAUUCCAACCCAAUUUUGUAAAGGUAACUGCCAAAAUGAGCCAACUAAUAAAAUAACAUCAUUAUUAUGUGUAAUUAAAUUAAAUUCAAAAAGUUUGAUACCCUCUUAAGAUCUUCAUUUACUGUCAUUCAUGUGCAUGUGUAGAUUUGAUUAUUUGUAAAUAUUUUGUUAUUUCUGUUUUGAAACCUUUUAAUUGUCUGGUGGACAUAUACUGUUGGAACUUAAGCAAUACAUGGUAUAAUCUCCUGUACCACAACUCAAUUUCUUGCUUUUUUUUUUUUUUUUUUUUUUUUUACAGGGACCCCUUAAAGUGACUGUUCAAGAACUCGAUGGUUCAUUUAACCAUACUCUACAGAUUGAAGAAAACAGUCUCAAGCAUGAUAUACCGUGCCACUCAAAAAGCAGAAGGUAAUUGUCGCGAGUAGGGGGCCUGCUGGAUGAUUUAACCUGCCUUUUAUCAAUAUGGUUGCCAGAGUGACCCCCAUACUGAUUUAUAUUUAGUUUGAAAUGACAGCGAACAGCCACUGGUUACUCGCUAUUUAGGUGACAUACUGUGAGUAGGGGCAUGCGUGAGGAUUUAAACUCCCUUUUAUUAAUAUGGGGGUCAUAGUGACCCCGUAGAUUUUAAUGCGGGGGGAUAGUUAUGUAUUUAUUACAAGGAGGUGCAGUUAGAGAUGCAGUUAGUCUGUAGUAUUUGAGAAAACACUGCACACUAACAUAAUACCUGCUGACGUAAACCUUUAUGGUCCAGCUUAAAAGAGGAGCCAACAUACUCGGUUUGUGAGGUGCCAACUGUUUUCGUGUCCCUCCUAGUGAUAUUUGUGUACUUGGUAAACAGUGUCACUUUGGACCCUGGUUAUCCUUUGCUCCUUCAUCUGGUUUUGAUGUGACGUGAAGUGUUUUGGACAGAUAUUCAUAAAGUUGCAUGUGUUUCCACUUAGUACCUCACUAAGAAAUAUGUUUUUUGAAAGACUUUGAACGUUCAUUUAAUCUCUCAUAAACCUACAAUGUCUUACACAGUUCAACUGACCUGAACCUGCUUCUAGUGUUUCCUUUAAAUAAAUCAGUUUAUAUGUUUUUACUCCAUAACAAUCUAUCAAAUGAGCUUAAAAAGGCAGCUGGGCUUACUGCACAGAUUAUAUACGUUUUUGAGCAUUCAUUGGGUUCGAAAUCGUGUUCCUAAAGGCUUGGUUUGCAGAGGAUUAUGGGAAUUGUAGCCUAUUAAGUGGAUGGCUUAGAAUGAAUUAUUAUAAUUGAUUGGCCCGGUUUGACAUGACACCCAUGCCUUAGAACACUGUGUUAUACAAUAGUAACUGUUGUGUUUUUGUUUGGUUUUUUUUCUUGACAGAAAUAAAAAGAAAAAAAUCCCUCUGAUGAAUGGGGAAGAGGUAGACAUGGAUCUAUCUGCAAUGGAGUAAGUUGUAUAUUUGUAAGAAAUAUAACAUGUCUAUUUUACUUUAAAAGUUCCAUGUGUAUUUGUCUCCUUUGGAUAACUCCUAGUUAAAUAUCCCCAUUGUAUAAUUGUAAAGGAUGUUGGUGCUAAAUAAAUGCUGAUAAUAAAUAAAAUGAUCCCAGUACAAUAUAUGGGAAACACUUGUGACUGUUUGAACUUCCUUAAAAAACCUCUCUGAACACUCCUCACCCUCUUGUCAAGUCAUAAUUUUAUUUUCUAUUUUAUUUUAGGAUUAUUUUGAUAUUUGCUGAAUAACUUGUGCUGCUGUGGAGUUCUAGUAAAGAGAGACUUAAACAUAUAUAAAGCCUCCUGUCAUGUAGUAAUAUUUUUAUACCUAUAUGAUAUGUCUCUUUGCAGUGCUGAUUCCCCAUUGCUCUGGAUAAGAAUUGAUCCAGACAUGUCUGUUUUGAGAAAGGUUGAGUUUGAACAGGCAGAUUUCAUGUGGCAAUAUCAGUUGCGCUAUGAAAGAGAUGUUGUUGCACAAGAAGAAUCAAUUCUUGCCCUGGAAUCCUUUCCGACUCCUGCGUCACGGUUGGCAUUGACCGACAUCUUGGAGCAAGAACAAUGCUUCUACCGAGUUAGAAUGAUGGCAUGUUUCUGCCUUGCUAAGGUAAGAUUGUACAAUAUAGAUACUUUUUUUUUUUUGUGUAUGCCAAAAGGUUUGGCAUAAUCUGAGAUAAUUAUUAUUAAAGGACACCUUGAUUUAUUAUGUUUAUAUAAAAAAAAAUAACUCUUUAAAUGACAUUAUUGUAUUCCAGCCUAAGCACAUAUGGACACUUUUUUGUUUCUGUGUGUUCUUUAUUUUUGCGAAUUAAAUCUGAUUAGUCGUGACUAUGGCUAGUUUGGCAAACUUAUUUUUUCCUGAUCAGCUAUUUUUUCCUCCUUUUUUCACAUGGUUUUAAUUUGUAUAUUGUAUAAUCCUAAUCAAUCAGAUACUGGUGAUUUUUAAUGUGUUCUCUGUCUCCAGUGACGAUCUUUCAUCCAUUCUCUGAUCUCCUGUUGCCUUAUCCUAUUCGUCAGUAUGACUUCACAUGUACAAAUUCUCAGUGAUUCUCCAUUGUAGUCCAUGAAGACUGCUACCACACGCACCAAAAUGUUUUAGGCAGCAUGGCAACCAACUGAUUUGAAGAAGAAGGAAAAAAAACAAACGAUUGUGUUUUUGUGAGGGCGAAUGAGCCAAUAUUGAUCAUUGCACAAUUAAUAUUUUUUUUUCUUCUGCGCAUUAACCUAUACCCCACCUCCUGUUUAGUCUGUUCCAAGGGCAGAUCUAUGGUGCAUUGAUUUAGUUUAUUUUGUUAAACCAAACACCUGCCCUCAGAAUAUUUUCUAUCCAACCAAAUCUGGUUAUUUUUGCCACAGGCAUCUUGCUAUGGCGUGUGCUUACUUUUUAAGUUGCUAGUGUUUGUUAUUUAUAUCUAUAGAUUGCUAAUUCGAUGGUGAGCACAUGGACCGGACCUCCAGCCAUGAAAUCCCUCUUUACUCGCAUGUUCUGUUGUAAGAGCUGUCCUAACAUUGUGAAAACAAACAACUUCAUGAAUUUCCAAAGCUAUUUUCUGCAGAAGGUAAGCAUCCUAACCAAUAAUGAUAUUUGUUGAAAGGAGUUCAGCAUAGAAAUGGCAAAAUAAUCAAUCAUUAACUGUUCUUCGUCCAGUCAGAUGCUAUUUUAUAAAGGCGCUUUGAGGACACAUAUGUGCUAGUGAGAUUACAGUACCAGGCAUGGUAAGAUGUCAAAUCGUUGUAGUACAGCGUGAUAACUUAUCUGGAUUUUGCUGGACGCCCUCAAUGCAAUCUGAUCUUCUGUAGCAGGAGAAGCUGAAUGUUACUGCUUAGACCAAAGCAGGACUCCAAUCAAAGCCAACUAGUGCAGUCAUGUUUCAGCCCGCUUUGCUCUAUUGAGCAAUCCAUUUAUAUAUAUUUUUUUAAUUUUAUAAAGUGUGUGUGUGUGUGUGUGUGUGUGUAUAUAUAUAUAUAUAUACAUAUAUAUAUAUAUUACAUACAUUGUUAAUAUUGAGUUAAAACUUUACAAUAGUGGAACAGUGAUAAUGUAUGUCAACUUCUUAACUUGUUUCAAUUAACUAGUUUAUAAUAUUUUAGAUUCACUUGCAUUUAUUUUUUACUUGCCUCUGCCCUACAUUAAAUAAAUUUUUUUAAAAGGCUAACCUUCUUGGUGUCCAAUAUAAUCCUGUUAAUUGAUUUUAAUGAUUAUUUUAAGAAAGCCUUUGAUAUGAACAAUCUGUGGCACAUUGUAGUAAGCAACUAAGUCACGUUUGGUCAUAUUUCAAUUUUUGUCUGUUAAAUAUCUUAUGUUUUUGUUAUAAUGUCCCAUACCUAAAUAACUGUACUUAAAUAUUAACACUGUUAUUUCACUUCCAAGCAGCAGGUGGAGCUGUCAGACUUAUUAAUUUUGACAACCUAAUAAAAAAAAUGAAAGCUUUUUAGUCUGAGGACCUCAGUAAAUUAAAUAAAAAUGUGUCCAGUAUGGUGAACUUUCAACUGCAUGUUUUUGGUUUUAUUUACAAUAAAUAUUUGUUUCUUUUGUGUUUGUGCGUAAAUUGAUCUGAAUAUAUUUUUUUCAGACUAUGCCAGUUGCAAUGGCUUUGCUGAGAGAUAUUCAUAAUCUCUGCCCAAAAGAAGUUCUUUCGUUUAUUUUAGACCUUAUCAAGUACAAUGACAACAGGAAAAACAAGGUAUGAAAAUUUCAAACAUGUUGUAUUGAACGUUAAAAUGUAUUGUUGAUGCUAGUAUGGUGUGGUGCUACUUUGUUUAAUGUUGUCUGUACAUUGUUAUAGGCAAAUUGCUAGAAAAUGCAAAGACCAAAUUUUAUUUUUAGUUUGCCUGUUCAGUUGUUGACAUUGCCAUGCAUUGUAGGAAGAAACAGAUGUGGGCACUUCUCCCUAUAAUCAAGCAGGAACCAAACUUCAGGUACUUAUAAAGAAAUCUAUAUGUUGGCUGUCUUUCACAAGCAAAAAUGUUUACCUGGAGCAGAAGUGCUUUUUCAGGUUUAUCGUGACCAAUGGGAGCAGAUUUUCUGGUUUCUCCCUUCCAAUGGGGGCAGAUUUUCUAGUUUAUCUUUUCCAAUGGGUGCAGAUUUUCCGGCUUAUCCUUUCCAAUGGGGGCAGAUUUUCUGGUAUAUCCCUUCCAAUGGGGACAUAUGUGUUUAAGUCCUAUUUGGCCAGAAGCACAGCUCAUCCAUCCAAAGACCAUGCAGUUUAAAGGGACAUGCAUCAUUUGACAAUCUUUAAAAAGAAAAGAAAAAAGUUUGUUCUGUGUGCUAGAUAGACGCUUAAAUGACAAUAACUGAAAUAAAUUUUAAAUAGAUGCUACAACACUUAUGUACAGGUCUCUCUGGUCCCAGAAGUAUAUUAAAACAAUAGGGGAUUUGAGAGGGUUAAUACGAAGAGAAACCACCUCAAAAACCCAUAAGUGGAGCGCUUGUAAAUACUUACCCCUAAUUUUAGGGGUAUCAGGUAGUCCCAAAUAAGGUGAAAUACGCAGAACAAAAAAAAGAGAAAUCUUCAAUGGUGAAGUAUGUCUGAUUUUAGUGACAAUAAAUAUAAAAGUGGUAGUUUGCACUCACAAGUAGAGAGCCAAGAGGGGGACUGGCUCAAAUCACAUUUGGUGUGCGAUGGGAGAAACCUUCCCUCUUUGAUUUUCUUGUUUCAAUACUCAGAAGGGAAAAAGACACAUAGAAGGGAUUUUCCCUUGGUGAAGUAUGUCUGAAUAAGUUAUAUGUGCAAUUGUAUCUCAAAAUGAAAAAUUGCUCACCUGGUCCAGAGCCAAUAUUAGUUAACCUGGCUCUGGUGUAUACAGCUUGUUACCCACUGAGGGGGGGUAAACCUUCUUUAAGAGGUAGAUGAUAAAGAUGAUUUAGGAGGUAGAUGAUUAGGACUUCGAUUAAUAAAGCCCAAGGGAGGGCGAACCGCAUCUCGAAGAGGCUGGCAGCUAAAGACUCUUUAUAUAUAUGAUUGUUCUAUUGUUUUGUAAAUUUUAUGUAUUAAUUCUUUAAUAAGAUAUUGUAUAUAUUAAUAAAUUGAAAAACUAAAAAACAAGCAAUAGAAGGCGCUAAAAGUGCUUAAUAUUGAAUAAAUAUAAAGAUAAUAAAGGUAGAGCAGCACCUAAAAGUGUACAAGCUCAUAAAACACCAUACAUAAGAUACAAAUAAAAUAGGUGCGCUGUACCUUUAAAUAUUUAAAAGUGCAAAUAGUGCAUAAAUUAGUGCGAAAAAACAAGGAGUGUGUGCACAGUAUAACCACACUCAGUGUAACAUAUGUGCAAAAUUGCAAGUGAAGUAGUGAAAGACCAAUAUCCGAAUAAUAACUUACAGAAAAAAUGUAUAUCUCCUUUGGUGCUCCAAAUCAAAUGAGAACAUAUGUAAAGGGAGAUAUAAAAUGGAGAAACAUAGCAUAAUACAGUUUAAAAAUAAGUAUAAGAACCAACAGUAUAAAAUAGGAAUAUCACUCACAAAGGAAGAGCAGUAAAAGCCUGCUCUAACUGAUCCAGCUUAUAGUCCUCAAACCAGGACUUCAAUGAUGGUACAAGUAGGCAGGACGCCAGCUCUCAAUGUACACAGCCUUUAUUAAAAGUUAAAAUCCACAGUCCCCGUUUCCAUUUAGAAGUCUAGUAACCUUUUGUCAGUGCUGCAUUACGAAUAUCUACCAGUCCUUGGUAAUUUUCGGCACUGCAGGUUUCACUUCCUGGAACUCGGGGUUCCGUCCGGUCACGUGAUGACGUAAUCGACGUGAUGACGCGUUUCGCCCAAUCGGCUUCCUCAGAUCACGUCCUAAUGUAGCUGGUCCUGCCUUUUAAAGCCCAUACAAUGGGCGUGGUAUACAUCAAUCAUUUCAAAGACUCCCCAUGAUCUCAUUAGGGGUUGAUCUUCUAAAUGUCUAUUUUAAGAAGUCCCAUAAAAUAUACAACAGCAAUUUAAAAAUAACACCGAGCUGAACGACUUCCUCAGGGAUAUCUAGUAUAUAAAUGUCCAUAUGUCUUAUUCAAAACAAUAACAAUAAUAAUAGAAUACAUAUAUUACACAUAUAUUUCUUUCAUUAGCAUCUUAAUAAAGGAUAAAAACAGACACAGAAUAAGAGAAUAUAUAUACACAUAUGUAAAAAAUUUGUAUACCCGAAAAAAACCUUCUAUGAAGGAAGAAAAGGAAGAAGGUAAUUAAUAAUCAUCUUAUUAAAAUAAAACACCUAAAAAUACUAAAAAACAGUAUGCAGAAUAAAAAAUAAAAAAAUUGAAAAUUAAAAAAUAGCAAAUAUUGAAAAUAUAAAAAAUAUUUAAAAAAGUUAUACAAGUCAAAUUCAAUAGAAAAAACUGAAAAAAAUCAGCGCUAAAUGGCCACAAUAAAAGAAGGCUGCACUCCUCAAAAGGGAAUCCCCUAUAAUUCCCUAAUAAUUGGAAGAACACAAAACAAACAGUACAAUAAGGAUGCGCCUAAAAUAUAUACUGAAAUAUAUAAAAUACAAUAAAUAAUAAAACAGUAUAUAAAAUAUGAUAUAAAAAAUGCUUGACUAUAGUCCAAAACGUAUCAAAGUUCGUGAUGGGGAAUCCCACGUGAAAUAAAGGAAGAUUCUUAAGAUGUGGAGUAAGGUCAGAUCUUCAUAGUUGUAUGCUUAGAAUUCAAUGGAGCAUAUGUGGAGAGAAGAAGAGACAGGACUCCAAUGGUACAGUAUGUAGAUACGUUGAGAAUGAAAUAAUAAAAUAGGUCUUACUCACACUUUUCAGAGCUGAGGAUCCAGCUCUGAUAUUAGGCGCGUGAAGUGGAAUAAUCACCACUCAAGGAUAUAUGGAGUAGAUUUCAAUUGACGAUUCUCUGGUGCACGUUCGACGUCCAAAUUACAGGCCCAGAAGGAGAGAAUAAAAUAUAUAGUGCUCUCUGUAUUAUGAUAAAAGGUUAAAAAGUAUAAAAUGUAUGUUACUCACAUUCUUUUGAGCAGGUAUAUACUGCUCACUAUAAGCGCUUAGGUGGUAUAAUCCCCACCUAUGGAUUCUUUAAGCUUCUUCUAAAAAUAGGCAAUAUAGGUAGUCAGGUGAAAGAAAAGAAAAGAAAAAUGGCAAUAAAGUGUUUUAUGCCAAAAAUUAUUUAUUAUAACGUAAUAAAAUAAUAUCUAGAUGCGUUUCGCCUCAAGGGCUUCUUCAAGUCUACUUUAUCUGAAUUCUAAGCAUACAACUAUGAAGAUCUGACCUUACUCCACAUCUUAAGAAUCUUCCUUUAUUUCACGUGGGAUUCCCCAUCACGAACUUUGAUAAGUUUUGGACUAUCGUCAACCAUUUUUUAUAUCAUAUUUUAUAUACUGUUUUAUUAUUUAUUGUAUUUUAUAUAUUUCAGUAUAUAUUUUAGGUGCAUCCUUAUUGUACUGUUUGUUUUGUGUUCUUCCAAUUAUUAGGGAAUUAUAGGGGAUUCCCUUUUGAGGAGUGCAGCCUUCUUUUAUUGUGGCCAUUUAGCGCUGAUUUUUUUUCUGUUUUUUCUAUAGAAUUUGACUUGUAUAACUUUUUUAAAUAUUUUUUAUAUUUUCAAUAUUUGCUAUUUUUUAAUUUUCUAUUUUUUAAUUUUUUUAUUCUGCAUGCUGUCUUUUAGUAUUUUUAGGUGUUUUAUUUUAAUAAGAUGAUUAUUAAUUACCUUCCUCCUUUUCUUCCUUUAUAGAAGGUUUUUUUUCGGGUAUACACAUUUUUUACAGAUGUGUAUAUAUAUUCUCUUAUUCUGUGUCUGUUUUUAUCCUUUAUUAAGAUGCUAAUGAAAGAAAUAUAUGUGUAAUAUAUGUAUUCUAUUAUUAUUGUUAUUGUUUUGAAUAAGACAUAUGGACAUUUAUAUACUAGAUAUCCCUGAGGAAGUCGUUCAGCUCUGUGUUAUUUUUAAAUUGCUGUAUAUUUUAUGGGACUUCUUAAAAUAGACAUUUAGAAGAUCAACCCCUAAUGAGAUCAUGGGGAGUCUUUGAAAUGAUUGAUGUAUACCACGCCCAUUGUAUGGGCUUUAAAAGGCAGGACCAGCUACAUUAGGACGUGAUCUGAGGAAGCAGAUUGGGCGAAACGCGUCAUCACGUCGAUUACGUCAUCACGUGACACGGACGGAACCCCGAGUUCCAGGAAGUGAAACCUGCAGUGCCGAAAAUUACCAAGGACUGGUAGAUAUUCGUAAUGCAGCACUGACAAAAGGUUACUAGACUUCUAAAUGGAAACGGGGACUGUGGAUUUUAACUUUUAAUAAAGGCUUUGUACAUUGAGAGCUGGCGUCCUGCCUACUUGUACCAUCAUUGAAGUCCUGGUUUGAGGACUAUAAGCUGGAUCAGUUAGAGCAGGCUUUUACUGCUCUUCCUUUGUGAGUGAUAUUCCUAUUUUAUACUGUUGGUUCUUAUACUUAUUUUUAAACUGUAUUAUGCUAUGUUUCUCCAUUUUAUAUCUCCCUUUACAUAUGUUCUCAUUUGAUUUGGAGCACCAAAGGAGAUAUACAUUUUUUCUGUAAGUUAUUAUUCGGAUAUUGGUCUUUCACUACUUCACUUGCAAUUUUGCACAUAUGUUACACUGAGUGUGGUUGUACUGUGCACACACUCCUUGUUUUUUCGCACUAAUUUAUGCACUAUUUGCACUUUUAAAUAUUUAAAGGUACAGCGCACCUAUUUUAUUUGUAUAUUAAUAAAUUGAUCUAUUUGAUCAUCCACCUCAACCUGCUGCCUACCUGCAUCUCCCUCCUAAAGAAGGUUUACCUCCCUCAGUGGGUAACAAGCUGUAUACACCAGAGCCAGGUUAACUAAUAUUGGCUCUGGACCAGGUGAGCAAUUUUUCAUUUUCAGAUACUAUUGCACAUAUAACUUAUUCAGACAUUCUUCACCAAGAGGAAAUUCUUUCUAUGUAGCUUGUUCCCUUCUGAGUAUUGAAACACGAAAAUCAAAGCGGGAAGGUGUCUCCCAUCGCACACCAAAGUCUAUGUGAUUAGAGCCAGUCCCCCUCUUGGUUCUCUACUUGUGAGUGCAAACUACCACUAUUUAUAUUUCUUGUCACUAAAAUCAGACAUACUUCACCAUUGGAGAUUUCUCUUUUUUGUUUUGCAUAUUUAACCUUAUUUGGGACUACCUGAUACCACUAAAAUUAAGGGUAAGUAUUUACAAGCACUCCACUUAAAGGUUUUUGUGGUGGUCACUCUUCGUAUUAACCCUUUCAAAUCCCCUAUUGUUCUAAAAGAAAAGAAACCUUUUUAAAUACACCAAAAUAAAGAAAAAAUAUUUUUAAAAGUAUAAAUUGUGGUCAGAUUAUAUGGUUGGGAAAUGUCGAUCAACUAGGGGAGUUUCUUCAGCCCUCCACCCUGCCACUUGCUACCUCUUACACUCCCAGCUCAGACCAGCCCAUUAAUGACAAAAAUCAUUGUGCAGCAGGAGAGAGAAAUCAGACACUGGAGCCUGCUUUGCAUGAUCACACUGAUCAGACUCUCUUCUACUGUCAGGAUGUUGCAAGGUAAAUAAAUAUUCCAACUGCACAUGUGUAAAUCUGUCAGGCAUGCUCAAUGCACUUUUCCAGCAUUCCUAGGGAUAGGACAUUGGUUGGUUAGAUAAGUGUGGAGCUAGUGUGGAAAGCAUAAGAAAGAAGAAGCAGGUAAACAUGGGAAAAAAAUCAUAUUGGCCUGUUUUUUUUCAGCCUGCAAAGUGAGGCAACUGUCUCAUUUAAAGCCAAAGAUAUGAAUGAGACGGUUGUCUCAAAGUGAUGCAUGUCCCUUUAAGUAAGAGCUAGUGCAUGUUUUCAAAUUCUGAUGUCAUGCAGUAGUAUUGGGCUUCUCAAAAAUAUGAUCUAAGCCCAUUUAAUUACAUCAUGGCAAAUAAGUUCUCUUCUGCAAUGGAUUUAAAUAGAACUUUAAAGAUGGCUGUUCCUACAAAGCAAAAAAAGAGGUAUUAAAGAACGACUAUAGGGUCAGGAACACAAACCUGUAUUCCUGACCCUAUAGUUUUAAAAACACCAUCUGCACACUGACAAAAGACUAAAAGUACUUUUACAGGUUAGUACUUUAAUAUCAUUAUUAUGUUAUUUUAGGCCCCCUGGAAGCUGCACUGGUUGUAGCUGCACAAGAAUGACUUAACUUGUGCCUGCAGCAAAUCUACUGCAACUGCCACAGAACACUGGCUGCUAUGGCUGGCUUAGUUCUUUCACUGCUACUGAUAUAAGUGGCUGUGUUUUUGUAUAAAUAUGAUACAGAAUUCCUAGUUUGGUUCUCCUUGUUUGAAUGUAUACAGGGCUUAAAAUAUAAAUCCUACGCUGCUAGCCUGCCCCUAAAAUUCACUUGCCACUGCAAGAGUCUCGGGGGUCCAUGGCACACUCAGCAGGGGUGAAUCCCUCCCAUAGCUACAUUUUCACACUCCUUGCUAGUGGCAAGGGGAAAUGCUGAGUCCUGAAUACAUAUACAAAACCCUCUUACUAAUGUCAAAUGGAGUUCUUGUCUGAGACCCAGACAGCCUUCAUGCUUCAGUAUAGAGCUUGGCAACUCUUACACGGUAAAGUAGGCAUGUAUCUUAAACAAAUGAUGGUGUUUUUUUUCUUCUAGGUAGAGUGAGUUAAUUUACUCAUUCUAUUAAUGGAGCAACAGAUAAAAAAUGGUUUAAUGUCUCUUUAAAAUCCUGUUACAGGAGUCGUAGGCAAAAUAUAGGGAAAAGAAUUACGAGUUGUGUUGUUCAUACAUUUAAGAGAUCAACUCUCGUUUUCUGUUGAGCUGCAGGGGUUAAAUCCUGUGGCUUAGUGGUGAAUGUCUUUGUGCAUAACCUCACAUGUCAUUAUAUUCCAUUGGCUAGUAAUCUGUUUAUUUCGCUGUCAUGUUGUGGUGUUAAUCUUGUACACGUUCGCUGCCUGAACACACCACUGACAUGUUCCUAAAUUGUUUAAAAUAGCAUAUAUUUUCCUCUACGUCAUUCUCGAAGUAUUGGAUUGAAAUAUCUAACCCCUAAGAAUGGAUUCAUUUAUGCACCCGGCAUGGAGGUGUCCCAAGAUUAAUAUGUAUAUAGAAAAUAAAUUCUGUUAGAUCUGGUAAACAUUAUAAGCUUCUCUUCAUAUCUGAUCUUGUUCCCACUUGUUGAAUCAUCAUAGCUGGAAUGAUAUUUGACUAAUUUUGUUUACGUAGCUCGUAGCCAGGAAAUUAUUUUAAUUAGUUUAGCAUGGGUAUAUAUAUUUUUUAACUGUUUAUAUGAAUUGGUGUACACUAUGAGUGUUGAAAGGGUUGUUUCGAAGAGCUCAGGGUCGGCGGUAUGUUUCCCAAAAUUAAUAUUUAUUUUAUAAUCAAUCCUCUCCUACAUUCGGUUGUCAAAAUCCAAUCCUGUAGCAUGUGGGGGGGAACAAAGAGUUUCUCUUGUCUAAUAUUAACGCAAGUCCGUUAUAUCUCCCAAUGAUAUCAUAUUGUAAGCCAGAGAGCAGAGAGAGUGUGCCAUUAUAGACAAACGGGGAACUGAACGGAAACUCUUUUCCCCUUGUAAAUAUCAUAGUACAGCUUACAAGUCUACUUACAGAAUUAGAUCAAAGUUAAAAUAUAAAAUUGGUGCUUCACUUAGUGAAUAAAUACUUUUUUUUCCCCCUUCUUCCAUAGUUAAAGCAACACUGCUGACUUUAUAAAAAUGUCAAGUUCUGGGCCCAGUCUUACCUUAUCGAUAACUGUUUAACACUGUUUGUUGUUGUUAUGUCACCCAUCUGCUAUGCCCCUUGCUCUCAUCUGACACUCUCAGCCUAUCAUUGGUGGCCAAGGUGAAUCUUCCAUGUGUCGACUGGAGAGGAGACCAAGGUGUAUAUAGGAGAUAUAUUGAGGUGUAAUAUCCCUUUUAAAAAUAACCCUACAGUCUUACUAUAUAUCAUGUACUUUUCAUAUAUAGCUGUGGAUGGGAACAGCUUAUACCCUGUUAGACACUAGUGAUCUUUUUCACCUUUCUUAGUUUUUAAAAAAACCUAUUAAGGUAAAAUUUACCUUAAAUUUAGCACCAAGCAAGGUCCUCCUCGCUUCAUUUCCAUGAACCAUCUGCCUUCAAUCUGCGUCAUCCGUUGUCCAGUCAUAUGCUUCCCAUUGAAAAACAUUUGACUGGACAGUUUCACUCCAAGCAAAGUUCAAGUAUCUCUGGAUGUCCAGUGUUUCAAUCAGAAAUGCUGCAAAUACAGACUAUUACCACCAUGAAAACAUCUAAAAAUGGUCAUGGUAAUUGGAGUAACAUUUUAAGGAUUAUGCAUACAUAGAACAUAUCCAUUAUUUUAGUGCAUUUCUGCAUUAAAGCAACUAUACCUAUAUCAUGAUUAAUAUUAUACAUUUUUUUUGUAUAUGCCCUUUCCUUUUGGCCACCCCUGUUUUGGAGGUGGGUAGGGGACUUGACGCAGUGGUGUAGACAAGUAAUCUUCUAGUCCUUCUAACACAUAAUAUAAAGUAACAAAUUUAAGCUAUUUAUGGAAAAUGAACUGUUUAUAUAUUGGCACAGAAACUGCAUUUGCUUUUAUCCCUGUUACUGGAGUGUGAUGUUACAUUACUGUCAACAUGGUAUGCUUGUAUGGUUAAUUUGAAGUAUAUAGAGAACAGAGCAGGCCUGGUAACUUGGUGCCAACAAUAUUCUUUCACUUUGAAAUUAAGUUUAGAAGAUUUAAACUGUUAUGUUGUAGUACUGAGGUAGGGGGGUUUAAGCUGUUGUUUAUGUACUGUAACAGUGUUUUAAUUUUUUGUGUACCCCACCUCUGGAAACCUGAAUUACCACCGUAAAGGUGCACUCCAGGCGCCCACACAUGCUAGAAUACAGUUUGUUGUGCUGGAGAUAGUUAGUUUAUUUGUUUUUAUUCCAUAAGGCCACAUUUUCUCUUCCAAACUGCGGUGUUCUUAUUUAUUUUAAAAUAUGGCUGUACAAGAUGCCAUGACUUUCCAAGAGUGAUUUAGCGUUUGCUUUCUCCUCAGAAGAAAGCUGAUAAUUGUGAUUAUUACAAUCUUAAUUUUAAAAGCUAUACCUUACUGUACAAUUUUUUUCCCCACUGAAAAUAUAUUCCUAUUUUUCUCUUAUUUGACUUUGUAAUUUUUAGAACCUUUUUUUCUUUUUCUUUCUUUGAUCAGUGUAUGUGCUAGAGUGUUUGGACAGAAAACUCCCAUUCAUUAUUGGAUUGCUGUUUCAUUCUAACUUAUUCUUACUUCAGUUUUCAGACAAUUAUUAUCGGGCGGAACUGAUCGACGCGCUGUCUAAUUCAGUAACACCCGCAGUGAGCGUUAACAAUGAAUCACGGACUCUGGAUAACCUGAAUGCUGAAGUUCGCCUGAUUCUAGAAGAGAUAACGCGGUUUCUCAAUAUGGAAAAGCUUCUCCCCAGUUAUAGACAUACAAUAACAGUCAGGUAAGCUUGUUUGUUAGAACAUUCUAUGAGAUGAUCCUUUCUGAACAUAUUCUCACCGUCUAAAACCUUUUCAAGCUGAUCUGAUGAUCAUUUACUGAUCCAUGCCACCUGGAGUAAGUUGCAACCUACUAUAUUUUACUUUUUAAUGGAUACCCUUUUCUCCUAGUUGUCUCAGAGCCAUUCGUAUUCUUCAGAAAAAUGGACAUGUACCCAGCGACCCAACGCUCUUUAAAUCGUAUGCAGAGUAUGGACACUUUGUGGAUGUCAGAGUAGCAGCUUUAGAGGCAGUUGUUGAUUACACUAAAGGUAAUAUAAAUGUAUUUUUGCUAAUAGUAAGGGAAUCUGAGAGGAAUCUUGUUUCUCUCACAUUCUUCUUCCAUUGCACUUCUAAACGUGUACAGCUUGCUAUGACUGAUCAGAGAUGAGUGACCUUAUAGUCCAGGGGUGAUGAAAUGUCAGGUCUCCAGCUGUUGCACCUCCUAUGAGGCUCUGCUAGAUUUAAAGCUCUGCAGCAUGCGGGGUUUAGUCCUGCAACAGUUGGUGAUCUUUCUUUUUUCCCCACUAAUGUUGUAGAUGAAAAAGAGUCGUUGACCACCCAUGCAUUUGACACUUUUCUUAAGUUUUUUUAAAAAUGUGGUUCUUUCUCUUUCAUGGGAAACUGAAGCCAGAAACCUUGCUUUUGGGAAUCAACUACAUGUCUUUGUAAAUAAAAGUAUCUCUUACCAGGCCAGUGGAAGGUUUUACUGAACACCUUAUCAAGUCUACAACUUGCUUCCUUCCUUCGUUGUACAGAAAUCAUCAACUUCUACAGGAAACAAAACACACAAGACUAAGCUCUAUGAGAACAGCUAGUCAAAUAUGUAUGUGGUUUUCCUUUCCUAAUAAACUGAGUGGAAACGUAUAGUGUUCCUUCCAUCAGAAUUGGCAUUAUGUUACAUUCCUUCUUGUAUUGAAGCUUGCAGUAGCUUCUUGCUAAAAGGUUGAUAAUGCCACAUUGAAUUAACUUGCUAAUUCCUCUUUGUAUUUUAAUGCUUAAGGAACUAGCAUUCUGCACCACUCCUGAUUCUUCUUAGAUGUAGUCAUGACACCCCUCAGUAGGUCCACUAAAGUGACCUGAAAGAAAAGGGACUCUACAAUUAAAUUUUUACGAACUACCAACGUGAAUCUUUGAUCUGCAAUUACCACUGGAAACAUUAACAUUUUAACCAUAGUGUCCUUUUUCACACCAGGCACUGUCAGCAUUUUGACAUUAAGACGAGGGCCUGACAAAGUUUUCCAAACCGCUGCUGGCAUGCUUUAAUUUGCCUCUACUGGCAGUUAGAUAUAUGUAUGCCAGCACAGUGAUGGUUAGACUUCCCUGCAAUAGUGAUCGUAAAAUGCACUUUCUGCAACAACUGGCUAAAGAACAUGGGAAAUCCAGCUCAUAUACAUUUAUGAUACCAGAUUAGCCAGCAUGGUUCUAGAAGCUGCAGAUAUAAAAUGUGCAGGUGCAUUGCUGGGGUGGACUGAUGUGGGCUAGAGGUACAGUAUUUGGAAAGGGAGAGAGAGAAUACAAUACUGGUAUGUCGCAUGAUAUAAUAAUUUUAAUAAAUUAUUUUUCUGCAGUUUGUCUUAAAAUGAUUUAUUGCUUUUGUACAAAAAAGUACAAUAAAAAAUAAUUGGAACCCAGAAAGGGAAUUUCAAUGACUCUUAAUACCGGAAAUGGUCUCUAUAUGAAUACAUUUGUGAUGUGUAGUAUUUAUUAAUAUAUUAAAUUAAUAUGACUGUGUAUUUGUAGUUGACAGAAGCUAUGAAGACUUGCAGUGGUUACUCAGCAUGGCCCAAACUGAUCCUUUACCAUACAUUCGGUAAGUAGGAAACCACUUAUGUGCUACUCCAGUUAUCUUCAAACUGCUUUAGAUACAAAGCAGAUCUAGACUGACUACCAAUAGGAGUGUCCUCGGCUAAAUGAAAAUAUUGCUGUUUUACAUUAUCAGAUAAAAAUAACAGCACUACUGCAUUUACAUAUAGAGGUCUACUGGGAGUAUGUCUUUUCUAUCACUUUCCCACCUUACUGCUCAUUUUAAGCAUUUGGCAAUCAUCACAAUUGUGGUUAAUUGUAAAGGGAAGUUUAGAUUGUAGGCCAAUGUGCUGUAAACAAUUUAAGGAGAACACCCAAGUACCCAAGGGAUUACCUUUGCAUUAUAUUGUAGCUGCUUUUAUUUAUAUGUGUAUACCCUACCGGGUUUGGAUGAGCUACUGUAUAUUAUGCUGGCAAGAAUUAGGCUUGUUCUGAAGUCAUGUACUGUGAAUCAGUCAGCUCACACUAGAUGGGGUUAAAGCAUUGCAAUGAAAUGUAGGAUAGUGUUGAGUUGCACAUUCAUUCUUUUGUGCUUGCAUGUUUAACCAUUAGAUAAAUAAAGUAUGUUAUAAGCAGAUUUAAUCAUGAAUAGGCCUGUUCAGCAGCAGGAGGGAGGUUGAGUCCCCUCUCCCCUCUCUAAAUUUAUGUAAUUAUAUAACCCAGAUGCUCGUGAUGUCAGUGAAGCAGAUUGUUGCCAAUCUCUACUCUGUAGGUCCACUGUUACGGUCACAAUUUAUUGUGUGAUUUGAUUUUCUCCAGAGAAUGUAUACAUGCUAUCCGCUGUUUGCCCGAACAUUCAUUUCAACUACUUCAUUGUGUCCCUGCUUUCAGAAACACAUACAAUGAAGCAACAUUGGUUUUGUACAUAUUGGCCACUCUGAUGAUUACUUGACAUCCUUAUACAUAUUUUCUAUAUAAGCUAUUCUUUAUUUAGUCCUUUAAGGAUUAAGGCAAUUGUCCAAGUUCUGAAGCGAAGCAAAACAAAACCUAGAAUUUGUGCGAUGUGAUGUCUUUGUGCGGUGCUAUAAACCUCCCAGGUGCAAUGCAUCCUGGGGAAACUUGCUUUGUAUUGCGAAAAAAAAUUGUAAACCGAGGCAUUAUUUUCAAUGGAUUUUCAUUUGUAAACCGAAAAUUAUUUUAACCGAGGCGUUUGUAAACCGAGGUCCCACUGUAUUGUAUUUCACAUUCAGAUUUCAUAUUUCCUAGAUGAACAGGUUUACUUAAAGGAACACCCCAGUCACUAUAACAAAUGCAUCACAAUUAAGUUGUUAUGGUGCUCACAGUACCCCCGGUGCUUUGUUACCUGAAGGGGUUAAACUAUUUUCAAACAUAUAAACCCAAAAGAUUGCCUCCAGUGCUGGAUCUCCAGUUCCCUCAGCUGCUUCUGAAUCGGAGUGGUCAGCUGAAGCCAGUCAGUAGCUUCCCAUUCAUAAAAAAAGGCAUGAUGGAGUUAUGUUAAUUGGAGUGUUCCUUUAAUUAACAGGGCAUCUAUUUAGGUGGAACAGUCCCUGUUUUGGGCCCGAAUCCCCCUGUCCCUCUUUUCUAUCUCAGUAUCUCUCUUUUCUAGGAGCUCCAUAUUGUUUGUGUGCCUUCGUUUAUAGCUAUAGCAGAAAUCCACAGCAAUAAAAUGCCACAGUAAUGUCUUUUAUUCCAGAAGUUUGGUCCUUAAGGGGUUAAAGGGAAUCAUGACAUGUCACACAUGUCAUGUGUCCUUAAGGGGUUAAACUAGAAUACAUGUGUGUAGAAAUCAGUUUGUGUAAAAUUAAAGUGUCCCUCGUCCAUUUUAAAUGUUGGGUAGUAUGAUAAUGUGUAUCUAUUUAUCUUGUAACUUUGGUUUGCACGUAAAUAAAAACUAUAGUGUUAAUAUGAAGUUAAAAAGAUUAUAGUUGGGGGGCGGAGCCAACUGCGAGACGAGCUGGACGCACACUAGCUAAGCUCCGGCGGGCACCACGGGCAAUCCUCACUCACAUCAGGCGACUACCGCAAAAUGGGACACCCCAAAAAAGCACUAAUCUCUGCCCAAACCUCCAGCAGACAGUCCGGAGCAAAAUCGGGCGCGCUGACCAAAUACUUUAAAGACAGCGCGUCCCAACAAAAUGAGGAGGUUAGCCCCAAGCUGGCGCCGGAUCAGUCGCAGGAGUCAGAAUCGGCACCGGCUAGCCUUGCAACCUCUGACAGCACAUCAAUCACAGGGGACCAGGAUUUGAGAGACAUCCUAAGAAACUUACCUUCCAAACAGGAUUUAGCAGAGAUGCUGCACAAAUUAGAAGUAACGUUCCAGAAGAAGAUGGAGGACCUAUCCACAGAAGUGAAACACGUGGGGGACAGAGUAAGCACCCUGGAAGACAAUCACGACCACACAUCCACGCAAAUUAAACAGAUCCAGCAAGCUCUGGAGUCACAGAAUAUACAGAUAGUGUCUAUGUACAGAGCAUUAGACGACCUUGAAUAGGGGACGCCGCAAUAAUCUGCGCUUCAAAGGCCUUCCAGAGUCGGAUGGCGAAAACCUAACAAACACCCUCCAAACGCUGUUUAACCAUCUGCUACACAAAGACCCAAGUCAAUGCAUCCUGUUUGACAGAGUCCACAGAGCAAUCAAACCAAGAGGGCCAGCAACAGGCGCCCCUAGAGACGUGAUCUGCCGGCUUCAUUAUUAUGGGGUCAAAGAAGAGAUCCUCUGCGAAUUACGGCAGACCACCCAACCCCUCCUCUAUCUUGGUGCACAAAUCCAAAUCUUCCCGGACCUAUCCUGGAUGACACUGCAAGCGAGAAGAGUCCUCAAACCGCUGACAGACGUCCUCCACGCCAGGAACAUCAGGUACCGCUUGGCCACUCGCUUGGCCACUCACGGCCACCCACAACGGAGUCACAGCCACCCUUUCUUCAGCAAGAGACGUGCCUACGUUCACCUCAGCCUUGGAUCUAUCAGAGAUACAAAUUCCAGAUUGGUAUGGGCCGGUCCAACCCCCUCAUAACUUAGCCCGUACGCAACGAGCUAGGUGGCAGACACCAUCUAAACGCCGCCGAAAUGACCCACUCCAACAACAAGGGGGCAUCCCGCCCUGAAGCUCUAUAAACUCUCACGCUAGCUGAUAUACCACAUGAUCUUUCAUUUGAGCCCUAACAAGAGCGUCCAUCACACGAGUGAUACACACAGACCCAGCCUCCCUCAUCCUCACCCCUUUACUCCCCCCCCCCCAAAAAAAAAAUAAUAAUAAUAAUAAUCAAAAAAUUUAAUAAAACUCUUGCACCCCUCCACUCAAAAACUUAAACUACAUACUAUAAGGAUUUCUCGGGACAACACCCAAGGCAACCUCAUCACUAUACAUCACUCCCCUUAGUGGAGGCGGAGGACGGAUGACACAAGCAGUAAGCAAUUCUCCUCACGAACUAGUUCCACUAAUGGGACCAUUUAUUCAUCCACUUCAAAUACACAUUCAUGACUUCUGGGUCAUAUGAUGAUCAACGCUUAUCGUGAUUGCAAGUAAACCCCACCCCCUCCCUUUUUCUUAUCCCAUCUCCCCACUCCUUCCCAUCCACCUCACUGUACCUGAGAGCGCUCAAGGAUUAAUUAAUCAGCAAAGUAGAAAGACCAGUGCAGCCUUGUAUGUGAAAUAUAAUAAGAUAUUUACAUUAUCUGAUGGUGUUGAGGGCGGAUGGGAGAGCACUUGAGAGAGUUAAACUAGUGAAAAGGUACCAACCCUCCGAGUACGCGGGUAGGUGCUGCCACCCCAAAUAUACUCAACAACCAUACUUAAAUUUAAUGCCUAGUACGGAUGGUGGAUCUUGCCCCUAGUCCCACUCAACAAAAUAUUGAACACCGCAGGGAGAACGCCCGUCUCCCACAGGAGAGAAAACCUCCUAAGACUUAAUCCACCUCCCCUGAAAUUCUAGACCACCUAUAGUGACACCACAGGUCACAGCAGCGCCUCAGUUGUCUCCCAGGGAUUCCCUACAUCCCCAGGGAAAGCCGCCGACAGCAGAGGCCUGAAUCCACAUCCAUAUUCUACUAGCUAACUCUUAACUGUUCGCUACAGCCGGAUCCUAGACACUUUGUAAAUAGUUAAAAUUGUUAUUGUUCGUUUAUUUUCACUGUAUCAAUUAGCUCCUAACAGACAUCUAAGCUUUCCAUGGCUAACAUACAUGUGGUUACUCUCAACACACAUGGCCUCAACUCACCAACCAGGAGAUCCCUGACACUAAAUGAACUCCACAAAUUAAGGGCAGAUGUAGCAUUCCUGCAAGAAACCCACUUUAGAGCAAACACAGCCCCAUCCCUUCGCAGUAAACAUUACCCCAACGGAUACUUCAGUAACUAUACUGACACUAAAUCUCAAGGUGUGGCCAUACUCAUAGGGGCCAGAACGCCAUUCACACAUACCGCUCACUACACAGAUACUAACGGGAGGCUUGUCAAUGUGAAGAGACGCAUAGGUAACACCCAGGCAACAUUUGCCAAUCUCUACCUCCCCAAUACCAAACCAUGCUCACACAUGCGCAAAUACAUAACCAAAAUCGAGGAAUUCGCGAAGGGUAUACUUAUCAUGGGAGGGGACCUUAAUAUCUCUCUCGAUUCUGACCUAGACACAACCUCUAGAGCCACAAAAUACAAUGCAACAACCAGAGCCAGAAUCACACAACUACUAGACAAAGCUCACCUAUUUGACGGAUGGAGGGUAACCCAUCCCCAAACACGAGAUUACUCCUACUAUUCAGCAGUUAAACAUACUUACUCAAGAAUAGAUAUGCUCUUCCUCCAACAUAGACACCUCCACCUUAUUAAGUCCUGUGAAUACGGCCCCAUCAUAUGGUCAGAUCAUGGCCCUCUGUCUAUGACCAUACGAAUACCAACCUUGACACCCACAAUGACACAAUGGAAGCUCAACGACACUCUCCUAAACAACCCAUCCCACGUAGCACGUAGACACAUUAAGCCGGUAUUUUAAAGAAAACUGCUCACCAUCUAUCUCUCCUACAGUAGUCUGGGAAGCGCACAAAGCAGUAGUAAGAGGACACAUCAUAGCAAUAGCAUCCAAACAAAAGAAAAUGAGGGAGGAACAGGUAGCCACUCUCACCGCAGACAUAAAACACCUAGAAAGCAUACAUAAACGCAACGCAUCUCUAGACACAUACAAGCUACUGGUAGACAAACGCUCCACCGUACAAACUAUACUCAACGCCAAAAUACACCGUAUGCUCACACGCCCGAAACAUAUAUUCUAUACUCAGGGAGGAAAAUGCGGACGCUAUUGGCUAGAGCCUUACAACAAAGCAAACAGCAAACAUUCAUAUCCCAAAUUAAGACAUCAUCAGGGUAAGUCACUACACUCCUACCCGACAUUCUUAAGGAAUUCCAUACCUUCUACUCACAAUUAUACAACCUCAGACAACACCCACCUGACUCGGAAGACAUGAAAAAUUUACUAACCGAACGACUUACCCAGACAAUACCCCCAAAUAUCAGACAUAUCUUUGACAUGCCUAUCUCAUCAGAGGAAUUUGCCAUGGCUACUAAACACCUACCACUAGGAAAGAACACAGGGCCAGACAGAUUCACAGCUAAAUAUUUUAAAACCUUCUCCUCGACACUAACCAAACCCAUUGUGGAGGCUUUCAACUCCAUCAUGAAGGGCCACACAUUACCCCAAGAUGCCCUAGAAGCCCAUGUAACACUCAUACCCAAACCAGGAAAAGACCAUAUGGAAUGUGGAAACUACAGACCAAUUUCCUUAAUAAACGUAGACUUAAAAAUGUUCACAAAAAUUCUUGCGAACCUCCUCAUGCCAUUCCUGGGGGACCUGGUCCACUCGGACCAAGCAGGUUUCGUGCCGGGGAGGGAAGCCAAAAAUAAUACGACCAAGUUACUUAAUCUCAUUCAUCUUGCAGAUGGAAUCAACGCACAAAGCCUCAUCCUAACUGUCGAUGCCGAAAAGGCGUUUGACAGGGUGGACUGGUCACUAUUGAAGGCAACUAUGCGAGCAAUGGGUUUUGGCCCGAAUUGGCACUCCUGGAUAUCAGCUAUAUUUUCCACUCCUGGGGCUAAAAUACGGAUAAACAGCUCUCUGACACAGUACACAUAGCUAAUGGGACCAGGCAAGGAUGCCUGCUUUCCCCUCUCCUCUUCAUCUUAACACUGGAACCCUUUCUACAGGGUAUCAGAGACAACCCGAACAUUCAAGGCAUGCCAGUCUCAGACAGGGAAUGCAAAGUAUCUGCUUUCGCAGAUGAUCUUCUUUUCACACUCAUCAACCCCGAAACCUCACUGCCCCUCCUACUUAGAGAGAUAGACCUAUACAAUCAAGUGUCCAAUUUCAAAGUCAACGCUAGGAAAAGCAAAAUUCUUCCCCUACGCAUGGCAGCCACAACUAAAACCAAACUCCAAUCUACAUACCCCUUCCGAUGGCCAUCUUCCUCAGUGAAAUACCUAGGAGUGCAGCUCACUACCCCCUAACAAAAACAUAUGACCUCAAUUACCCGCCCCUACUAGAAAGUUUCAAAAACGAAUUAAAAACAUGGAACAAACAACAUUUUGGAUGGUUAUGCAGAGCUCACAUCCUAAAAAUGACUAUUCUCCCGCAAUUUUUUAUACAUACUACAGACACAUCCCAUUAAUCAUCCCAUAUUCAGAAAUAGUACCCACGCCCAAAAGGUCAGCGAUGCUGAGAUAUAAAUAACACAACUAACGCACUUCAUUCAUUCACAACCUCACCUCCUUCAGGGAUCCAAACACCUCACAGCAUUCAAAACAAUUACAUCCACCCAGUCGGUUCAAAAGAGACACCUUUCUACAUUCUACAAACUCUUGCGGACAGAACCGAAAGAGUGUCUCCCAGACUUUACAAAGUCAUGGGAAAAAGAUCUACACAUUGCAUUCACUCCUGAUGAAUGGGGAAGGAUAUUUACAAACAUUUUCAAAUCAUCUAGGAACACCUCCACCCACGAAAGCAACUACAAACGCAUAGCCCGCUGGCAUUUUACUCCCACCCGUAUACAUAAAUUUUUCUCAAACGCCCCCAACGUAUGUUGGAGAUGCAAAUCCACAGAAGGUAAUACAGGUCACAUCUGGUGGUCUUGCAGUAUCGUACAGGAAUAGUGGGAAAAAAUAACCACCUUAAUAACCGUAAUCACGGGAUACAAAAUCCCACGGACACCACAAACACUAAUAUUCCUAAUAAAACGAAUGUAUGAUAUAAAUGUCUUUCAUUUUAAUAAUUCAAAGGUUACUAAUCACCAUGUAUGUCUUCUUGGUUCUACUUUAGAACAAAUUGUCUAUAUAACUGUUAGGCUACUGUCUGUUCUUUGGGGGAAAAAAUCAAAUAAAAACUUGGGGGGAAGGGAAUUAUAGUUUGGUUUUCAGGACCGUUACAAAACAAAGCAUUAUAUUUACUAAUUUUAAACAAAAGUCACAGCUAAGCCUUCUGGUACCACUAAGCCCCAAAACAGCCCUGUUUCUUUCAUGUGGUAUUUAUAUCAUCAUCUCACAGUCAAACAUUGAAGAAUAAAUUGUUGAUCCUGCUUGCAUAAUAUAAAUUGCUUUCUGUUGCAAACAUUUUAUGGGAACAUAAAUGACAUGAUGGGGAAAAAACAACUCUUUUUUUUAUUUAUUUUUUUUACUUAAAAAAAACUGGUUACUGAUUUUCAAUGUUGAUCUCUAUGGAUACAUUUGUCCCUGUUCCUUCCACAUUGUCAAGGAUGGCCUAAAAGUACAUCCCUAGUCGGUAAGAACAGCAACUACCAUGAUGCUUUUUAGAGUUGGUUGUUGAGUUGCCAGCUUUCUGCUGUAGAAAAUUCCUAGAAACCUACAUUGUGAUAUCUUAACAAUCACUGUUUUGGAGCAAAAUGCCAAAUACCGCACAAAUAUUUGAAAAGUCAUAAAGUUUGCACUUGGCAGGCCCCAAAUCCGGUAUUUGAAUAAUAUUGUGUAGAUUUUCGUUUUUGUGUUCUAUUGUUUUAUGUUGUUUAAUUUUUAGACGGAGGACAUGAUAAUAUUUUGAUCUAGAAUUUUCUUUUCGAUUCUUCGUAGUUCUCAGUUUAGCUAAUAACCACAUAAUCCUGUUUAACUCUUUGAUACUUCUUUAAUUUGUGCAUGUUCAUUCUGCUGCUGCAGUCUCUUUAGGUUCACCUCCUCCAUUUGUAUAGUCUUGCAGUGCCGGACACAAACAUCAGUUCAGUCUGGAGAUGAUGUUUUCUCAUAUUCUGGAACAGUAACUUAGCAUUAAAAAAAAAAAAUCAUAAAAUUGCCCGGGGCCUCUUUAUGAAGCUCAACACCGUUAUUGCUGAGAUAUGGGCAAUGGCUGCCCUACAACUUGAAGGCUACAGAAGAAGUAAAGCAUUAUUUCAGUUACUGAAUUGACCUGGCUUGUGUUAAUUUAUUUUCCAUAAACACUGAGCGGAAUUGAAAACAGGCGUGCAAUUGCCCCUAUUACAAGCGCUCGUACUCAGACAGAAUGUACCAGUCUUUCUAGAGGAAUUAGUUGAGACUGCAUGUGUUUGUAAAACUGAAUGCUUUUAAUAUGCUCACCACUGCUAAUGACCUAAUAUAUUAUGUAAUUGGGUAUAACAGAAUCUCUACUGAAAAGAAAUUGCCCCGAAUUAUAUCCAAGCGUGGCAGGCAGUGUGUGUUAAUCCUGGUUUUUAUUUCUGAAUAACUGCUAUUUCAUACAUUUUAUUAAUGGAAAAUACGUUAUUUCUGUGUUAAACUCUAUGACAUAUUAUAUGACUCUAUGAAUAUGUUACCUAAUUAACACUGAGAUACAUUGAAAAAGCUUUUUUCCAUAAUGACGUUUAGUAUACAUAUAAAUCAAAUAAUUUCAGUGAAUAUUUCACUUGUAUAAUUAUUAUUAUUUAUUUAUACAGCGCCAGCAAAUUCCGUAGCGCUGUAUAAUAUGUAAAUGUUGCAGAUAAUAAUGAUUGGUAAAAGCCGUAAAAGGUCAAUGACAGUCUGUUAUAUUGCACUUAUCUGUAUGGAGCCUACGUUAAACAGAAGUAACAUUAUUUUUUUUUUUUAAAUGAUCUCUUCAUCCACCUUUUGAUUGUAUAGUUUUAAAGGUGAGCUUUCCUGGCUGUUCCAGAACUGAACUGAAUUCCGAUGUUAUUUGUUAAAUUUUAAAUAUAAAUUUAAAAGAAAGCAGAGCACCUCAUUUAAAAAAGGAAAUUUCCAAUAUUUUAAUGUUAAUUAUCUUUAAAAUAUCUUUGUUUUUUUAAAUUAUUUUUUGUUGUUGUUUUUUUUAAUGUUACAUCUAGAAAAAGAAUAGUUCAGCAAGGAACAUUAAAAUAAAAAAUAAAAAAGUUUAUUGUCCUUUUGAACUUAAAAUUUGAAAAAUAAAAACAUCUAUAUAUAGUUACUCAGGCUGUGCUUCCGUGGAGCCCUCUUAUAUAUAUAUCGGGGCUGUUUCAAAACAGUUUUGCCAGACCUGAGACUUUAACUCAUUCAGCUGUCAUUCCGUCUAUAGGUUUUCAAGAUACGACUGACCUCACUAUUACUGAUAGGACCUGAGUUUCCUUAAUACAUCACUUAUACCAACUGACCAUUUAUUAUACAAGUCUCGAAUAGUUGAAAUGCUGACAUUUUAAAAAUCAGAAUAAUAAUCUUUGUAAUGCACAUUGCCAUGUUGGCUAGAGCUUCUGAACAUAAACAGGGGAGAAACAGAGCUCCUUAACUUAUUCUUCUUUAUGUUUAGGAUGACCUGUAUUUUAGAAUGGUUUGACUACUUACCUGAAUGGAGUACCAAGUCUAUGUUCCUUUAAUGGCAUUGGUUUAGUUACAUUUUAUGUUCUUUUUGGUUAGAUUUAUAUGUGUCUGUUUAUCUUUAGCAAAUUAUUAUUCACUUGGUUGGCUGUACUUUUUUUUUUCUGUUGCAAUAAUCAUUGUGACCUUUUGUUUCUAUUAUUGCUGUUGAUGUUGUUCCUAACUAUCAUUUUUAAUUCCAGUAUAAAUAUCUUGUCAGCUACUGAGAAACUGCAAUACAUGUUCUCAAUGUUUUCUUGUCUUUUCCAGGCACAAGAUUUUUUACAUGUUGUCAAAGAACCCCCCAUUUACAAAGAGUAUGGAGUCUCCUUUGUGUAAUGAAGCUCUUGUGGACCAGCUCUGGAAGCUUAUGAAUUCAGGUAGACCUAUUUCAGCAAUUUGUGCAAGUUAUCUUCCUUUAACUGUUGUUAGACAGUGAUGUUGAUGUUAAGAAUGCUGUUGCAGUGAGUUCUUGGAAAUUUUGUCAUAGAUUGAAGACACACUUGACAUUAGCUACAUUAAGAAGGUAAUAAACAAGCAUCAGGGGCGGGCUGGGACGGAGGUCAGUGACCGAGGACCUGACACCAGGAGGGGGCCCGGCGGCUUGUUCAGUAUGCCGCCAGGUGCGAGGCCCCUGCAGGCAGCCUGAAAGUGCCCGUAGCCGCUGUUAUGCAGCUCCGCAGUGUGCAGAGCUGCAGACCAUGUGUCUCGCAAGAUCUGGCCAAUCAGAGCAUUAUAUAUAUAUAUAUAUAUAUAUAUAAAUGGCAGAGGAGUAUAGCUGAAAAAACACAAUACUGUGCCAAUAUAAUUAGAACUCACAAGAUGUAGAUAAUAGGAUCACCUUGGGGUGCCUCCCCUUAGAUGUUUGGGGGGUAUAUCCAGAAUUCCCUCUCAACUGGUUGGUGGUGACGCCACACUAUGGAAGUCCGGACUCAGGAAAUGGUAAAAAUAAUCUGCUUUAUUUCAUAAGUAUAAAAGGUAAAAAACAAAUAUGGUCUACAUGUUUCGUCUAACAGAAGACUUCCUCAGGGACCCAAUAAUAAAAACAAAUUGCAAAUAUAAAAUAUCCUAACAAAAGGACAAAAUAGCACAAUCAGUGCGUUGCUGCGGGUUACCACGGCAACGCUGUGAACGGGUCACACUGUGGAGCUGCAGACCGGAUAUCAAACUGGACCACAAGAGAAUGACAGAAGGUAUGUAGUCCCCCCUCCCUCACACCAUCACCCCUUCCCACACAUUAUUACCCCCCCCUCACCAUCACCUCCCCUGCCACACAUUAUUUACCCCCCUCUCACCAUCACCUCCACUCCCACACAUUAUUUACCCCUCUCACCAUCACCUCCCCUCCCACCCAUUAUUUACCUCCCCACACUAUCCCCCCUUCACACCAACACCCCCUUCACACCAACACCCCCCCUUCACACAACACCCCCUUCACACCAACACCCCUCCUCCCUUCCUCCCUUCACACCAUCACCCCUCCCUCCCCUUCACACCAUCAUCCCUCCCUCCCUCCUCACACCAUCAUCCUCCGUCUCACCAUCAUCCCCCUCCCUCUCACCAUCAUCCCCCCUCCUCCCUCUCACCAUCAUCAUCCUCCUUCUCACCAUCAUCCUCCUUCUCACCAUCAUCCCCCCUCCUCCCUCUCACCAUCAUCCCCCCUCCUCCCUCACACCAUCAUCCCCCCUCACUCACACCAUUACCAUCCUCCCACACCAAUACCACCCCUGCUUCACACCAUCACCCCCACAUAAACCACAUUGUAUCAUAUUUGCCUUGCUUCAUAACAUUAAUAUCCAUUAUAAAACCAGGAAAGGGUGGGCAUGGAUCGUGCGCUUAUUUGGUGGUACAAUGGGCCACUUGACUGGAUUUGCCUCCAAGGGCUAAGGCUGGCAGCCCUCCCCUGACAAGCGUUAUCUCUCGUAAUACAUGUGAUCAUGUGUUUAGUUUGUAAAGGUUUUUAGAACCCAAUUUACUUUGUGCUCUAAAUGUUCUGGACCAAUUUAUAGAACUUCCUGACAUUCAUUACUUAAAGGUUUUAAUAAAACACUAUUUUUGGAUGGACUAAGCCUUGCUUGUAUGGGCUCCCCUUUGAAAUAAAGUUAAAAAACAUUUAAUCAAUAAACUCACCUGUGAGCCUGCGACUAGACCAGUUCUUCCUGCAGCCUGAUCCUUCUCCUGUGAUGUAAUUUCUCUGGACUCGGGAUGGUCGAGAGGCCAGUCUCAGGACUGCAUAGAGCGGGAUCUGUGCAGCCAUUGGUCAUCCAUUACCAACAUGCUAUGCUUGGUGAUGGAAGAUGCUUUUUAUGCCUGGAAUUGACAUUAGCAGCCUGGAACUCUUGUACCGAGCUGCUAAUGACCUUAUCGGUGGUGGUAUUACACCUCCUACGGUAAUAUUAGAUAACUUUGUAUGUGCAGCAUUUGUUACUGAAACUGUGCGUAUACUGUAUCCAAGUACCAUAGCCAUUUCAAAUCAAUUAUGUGAUCAUGACACAAAGAGUAGCUUGCCAACAUUGCCCUCAUUUUAUCCCAGCAUUAUAGCAGCUAAAUCAGUGGUGAGGAUUCAACGUAAAGCUGAAGUAAUUCAACUGUAGCAGGUUUUUUUUUUUUUGCUCACACUAUUGAGUUUGGCUGCAAAGCGGGUAAGAACUGCUGGUCUGCGUUAGUAAAUGGUCAAGGCUAAGAUACAGUGUAAACACUUGUUUCUGAAGCAGUUCAUUGAGGAAAAAGAGCAUGGAGAUCAACGUAUGCAUUUAACCACAGUUUAUGAAUCCCAGGGGAUACCACACACAGACUACAAGGUUAAUUAUCCGCUGGGGCCUCUUUCAGGGAACCUGGACAGUUUUAUUCUGCCCAAGCUCCUGUCAAGAUGUGUGAAGGGGAUAUUUAAACCCUUCAUGUAAAGAGCGGCCUAAACCUUAUUGUAAACCACGUGGCAGGAGAUAUAAGCCUUCUUAAAGAACGACGGCCAAAUGUCUAUAUUCUCCGCAGAGAGACAGUUAAAAGAUCACACUCCCUUCCUUCCAGGUCUUUGUUUUGUCUCAUGUCUAACAAUUGUGUGUAGGGGCUUUUGUUAUAGUGUUUUGUUUUUGGUGUUUUCUUUUGUGUAAUGCUGUACUUGCAGUAAUAAAUGUUUAAUGUAGACACUUUAGCAUUAUAGUUGCCAUAGAUUUUAUUUCUCUGAUAACGUUCUGAAAAUGCAUAACAUUCGAUAUCUAUGUAAGAGGUGAUCUUAAUGUCAUAUGGGAUCAUAUCGGACAAAUUAAAGCCAUCGAGUAAUAAAAAAAGAAAUCUGCUACAUAUCAACAGCCAUCACUAGAUUAAAUGUACUUUCCUUAUGUUUAAAGAUCUGUGAGUUUGGUUUAUUGUUUCUACUUUUCUCACAACAUGGAAAAUAAGUAGAAAGCUUUGUAUUCCUGUUUAUCACUUUUUAAACAUUUCAAUUUUAUUUAAACUUCUCUGUACAUCGUAUGCACAUCCCCCAAAUACUGCUAAUUUCUCAUUCCUUAUGAUCAAUCUGGCACGUUAUAGUGGUUGUUAAUAUAACAGAAGCCUGUUUAUAACAAACCAUUGCUGUGUUAAAACUUUCACAUCUAUGGUUCCUUUUGAGUUUACAUACAAGGGCUGUCAACGGAUAUACCAUUAGCAGGAUGGCACCUGGGCACUAAUUUAGUGUUUUACUAUUUGAGCUAAUAAACACAGCUGGUGGCUAUGAGGUAAUUCUCAAGUUCCAGAGGAAAAAUCACUUUUUGGGUCGUAAUGCUGCCCAAAUGGAAGCCCAUUUUAGUUUAAUCUACUUGCCUUUUCGUUUUCUUUUACCAUGAAUAUUAAUGUGACUACUGAAACGAGUACCAAAGGCAAAAUAAAACCCUUGAUUACCUAUUUGUCAUUUCACAAUAUUUUUAACAGCAAUAGCCCACAUCUUCCCUGGAUAUAACAGUUACAUUUUUCCAAGUAUAGACCUACAUUGUUAAUUCACAUGCAUUGAGACACUGUAAGUACAGGGGUGUAGGAAGAAUCUGUGGAUUUGCCAAACAAUGGAAAAGUAGUGUUCACAGAAACCAGAGGCACUGCACUGUAAUCACUAUAAAAACCAUAGUGAUUUUGCCGCUUUAAAUUUUAAUGCAGGCUGAAAGAGUGAAUACAAAUCUUAUUAUCUUUUAAAGUAAAUGCUUUAUUUCAAAAGUUAUUUGUGAUUGGAAAAUUAACUGUAAAAAUAAGCUAAAUAAUCUUUCUUUGGUGCCAGACAGCAGAUAAAGAAUUACAUUAGUUGUUUUUGUUGUUGUGUUUUUUUACUUCACCCUAACAUGCAUUUAGGAGAUUGCCUUUCCUGGACAGAUUAGCAGGGUGUCCUACCCCCAUAUCUUAUUGUCGCCGCUAACAACUUACAAAUCCACCAAUAUAACCAAGCAACCUACCUCAUUGUGAUUUCAAGCCCUUUUCUGCCAGGUUUUCCAGCUACAAUAACCAUUUUAAUCCAAGAAAGACGUGUCUGUGUUAGUGAGAAAUAACAUUCACUACACAUGUACCCUACAAAUAUGUAAUGCAAUGUCGGCAAACAGAGGUAUUACAUCCCAGCUCUUACACAUUCUCUACUCUAAAAAGUGCAUGAAACUGGCUACAUUAUUCUACUUUAAAUUGUUCCUACAUUGUUUGUCAUUAUAAAAAUCAUUGUGCCGGUUUGCUAUGUCUCGCUGCAUCGAUUACACUAUGUCUGCUUUUUUUCCUCAUCUACUAUCGCUUGUUUACAUUUCGUCAUCUCUGUAUUUCGCACAAGUCAUCCUCGCAGAUGUGGUGCAGUGUUAAUUUUGGUGGCAAAUUUCAAUUUGGUUUUAGUCAUAGUCUUUAAUAAAAAGCCAUUUUAGUUUUAGUCGUAUUUUAGUCAUCUGAAUUGUUUUUGUUUUAGUCGACUAAAUCUCCUGUAGAUUUUAGUCAACACAGUUUUAAAUAAAGCCUCUAGCUGUCUGUUUUGCCCCUUCCUUAGCCCAUCUAGAUGUCUCUCUCCCAAGCCCUGGUCUGUCUCUUUUGCCCGUUCCACAGCCCCUCUGUGCAGUGUUAAUUUUGGCGGACUAUGACUAAAACUAGAUUUCAAUUUAGUUUUAGUCUAGUCUUAGUUUAGUCUUUUGACUAAAAUGCUGUUUUAGUCUUAUUGUAGUCAUCUGAAUUGUUUUAGUCGACUAAAUCACAAAAAUCAUAAUCGACUAAAAUUGUUAGUUGACAAAAUUCAAACUGAUGUGGUGGUGAUCUUUUAGUAGCACCUUGAUGUGUUCUAACUAAAUGCUAAUGCAGGUGUCUCUGUUCCUCAAGAGACAACUGUGCUAGAGUAUGCCUGUUGGUGUACUCCUCAAUAAGAUGAUCUCCUGACCUUGGUCCUCUGCCACCUCUUCUUUGUAAUUGCAUGAUUCACAGCUUGGUCGGUGUCACAUUCUCCAAAAUAAAGCUAGAUAUAUUGAAGGUGGUAGCAAUACUCCCUACUAGCUUUUCAACCCCCCAUAAUAUGGAAGAGGUUAAUUCAGUCUUUUGCAGUGAAUAACUGUAGAAUAAUGCAAAAAACUGCUAUGCUCUCAACAGAGCUCCCAAAAUACAUUUUCUGUCUGUUCAUUGGACAAAUAUUCCCUACCGAAUUUUUAUUGAUUGAUAACAAAAAUAAUAAUAAAAAUUAUUUUCUUUUAAAUGAAGAGAUGUAUUAUUAUUUUUUGAAGUUUGCCUAAGCUCUACACAUGGUUUAUUUUUUGCCUAAUGUUUUUACUUUUGUAAUCAAGUUACCAUUGCUCACAUCCAAUAUUCUUUUCUGCAGAUCUAACUCAAAAAGACAAUACUACAUGAUUUGUUGUUGUGUUGUUUUUUUUACAUUCAGAGUUAAAUGAGUGCAAAUCCGAUAGCUCACUCCACUGCACUUCAAUGGUUAACUUGUGUGGUUUACAAAUGUAGGGCUAGAGAAACAAAAUGUAAAUGGUUUAUGUCUCUAAAGCAACAGACUGUUGUGUAUGUAUGAACAAGGAUUCUAUUGUGCUUUUUCUGCUCUGAGUUUUUAAUUUUUUUUUCUUUAAUUUAUUUUUUUCCAAUCAGUUUUCAUUGCGCUCUGGGGGGUGUGGGGUGAACACAGAGGCUGCUUGCCAAGCUCUGAAAACUGCCAGAUGUUUAAAAAAACGACCCUGAGGAUUGACUCUUUCCCAGAGUUCUCGAGUCCUCUCCAAAGUACAGAAUUCAUGUUGUUUAUCCUAUCUGGUUCCGGUAUAAAAGUACACCAUGUCUGGAUUAUGUUCAGAUCUUGACACACUUCACGCACUAGUAGAAACCAUUAAAACAUUUAUUGUUGAAUCCAAAUGGACACAAACAUUAAAAAUGAUUCUGUAUAGAGGAGCUCUCUCCAGGGAGCAUUUCAUGUUUAAUGUUUUGUUGGUGAAUUAUUGUAGACAUUAGAGCCUCAGUGCUUACAGAGCAUUCUAAUAGAAUAUAAUUUUUUAUUUUUUUUUUGCUACGCAAAAUUUAAAAUUGGCAGCUAGGUUUAGACAUGCUUUUAGGUAUUCCAAGGGGAACUAGCUUUUACAUUUCCAUGUAAUGGUAAAUACAGUUCCCUGUGUAAACUGCCAAAGGAUCACAUUAAUAUCAUAACAUAGAUCGACUGACCGAAUUGUUCCUUGCGCCAUUCUCUGAUUUCACAAAGAUAGAAGUGUGACAUUGGCUCCUCUUACAACUGCACGUCCCCAUGCCUUGCAAGGCACAAAACGUGCUACACAGGAAUAGGCAUACUAGUGUGGAAUACUAGACUAUGUAUCUGCCACCUGUUUAGCAGUUAUCAUACUGUUCAGAUUCUGUGUCUGAGACUGUCCAUAUGGACGGGUCUUCUUUACUUGGGACUAGGUUGAAUGUGGCAAAGACAACUUGAGAACAGCCAUUACUGCUCUGCUUGAGUCACUCCAGAUGUUUUGAACUACAUCUCCCCUGAUGCUUUACCAGUACCAUGGCUGUAAGAUAAUUCUGGGUGUUGUAGUAAAUACCAUAUGGAGUGCCGACGGUUGCCUACCCCUGUGUAGCGUCUCCCUUUUUUUGUGUCCUCCCCUGCACAAUAUGUCCACAUAUAAUUUUGUUUUUAAUCAGGAUGAUGAUGUAUUGUAUUUAAGUCCUGAAUGCAGGACCCGAUGCUUAUAAUGUGUUGCCAAAUAGGAAAGUGAAGCGAACCCAGCGCUUGUGACGUGAAAACCCCAUAGAUAAACAUUGAUUCAGUGCUCUCCUCGGGGUCAGUGUGAGUGUAAGCGCGGCACUGGCUGUGAAUGCGCAUUAGAUCCCCAAUGCUCCUUUAUGAGAAGCAUUGGAUUGGACUUUGGCAGAGGAGGCCAUGCCUGCUCCGUGACGUCACAGGUGGCAGAGAGGUAAGCAGCACCAAGAGAUCCUCUACACUGGAAAAAAGAAAUUUAAAAAUACAGAUUUGUAUUCCUAACACUAUAGUGUUCAGUUAAAAGCAGCACCUCUUAUUCUUCAAUGUCCCUCAAAGAGAUGCUAGUAGGAAAGUAAAAAGUGUAUAAAGAUUAUUAAGGGAGUUACAGCUAUCUCAGAUCACAGGAAUAUUUUCACAUCGUGUGGAAUACUAUCUGCAACCUCUUUAGAAGUUAUUUACAAUACCAUUCAGAUUCUGUGUCCGAGACUGUGUCCACUUGGACAGGUUUUCUUUCCUUGUCGGAUUAGGUUGAGUGUGGUAAAGACAUCUGGAGAACACCGUCAUCGCUCUGCUUGAGGUUCUAGUUGUGUUUUCCUUAGGCUUCUCUAACUUUUUCUCUAACAUUGUGGGAGUGUCCAUUAUUUUUGUAGAAGUGUAGAAAUUACCUAUGAUAUAACAUUUCCCUUUAAGCUGUCCAUGUGCUUUGCUUACUUGUGUAAUAAUUUAGGCUUGCAACGCAAUGUACAAUGUAAAAGAGCCUUUUAUUAGUUUCAUUUUCCCCUUUGAGAACCUCAAUAUGUUGGAACUUUGCCUCUGUGUUGCUGAAGAGAUUUACUUAUUUACGUAUGUAAGCAAAUAUCCUACACCAAUGUAUAGGAUUAGUAAAAAGAGGAGUGAUAGCACAUCUCCUUAAGAUGUAUUUGCCAUCAACCAAAUGGUACACUUUGAGCAGUAAAAAGAGGAGUGAUAGCACAUCUCCUUAAGAUGUAUUUGCCAUCAACCAAAUGGUACACUUUGAGCAGUAAACCGUGAACAUCAUGUCCAAACUAACCAUUUUAAUGUUCCAUUUCAGGCACCUCACAUGAUUGGAGAUUACGAUGCGGGGCAGUAGACCUAUAUCACAUACUCUUUGGCCUCAGCAGACCCUCAUGUCUGCCAUUGCCAGAACUUGGAUUAGUUCUUAAUCUGAAGGAAAAGAAAGCUGUUCUGAAUCCUACCAUCAUCCCAGAGCCCAUAACAAGUAACCUCGAGUCUGUGCCAAGUGCCAACAUGCACGGGCAAGUCACAGGAUUUCCAAGCAAUGUAAGAUUAAUACAAUCUUUAUAACCUGAAAUAAUCCACAAUAUUGGCAGUGUUAUGGAAGUGAUCGUGUAUGUUCUAUGCAUUGAGAAAGGGGCAGCUGCUGUGAUGUAAAUAAGCUUUUUAGGUUCGCCUCUGGUGACUUGCUUGAAAACACUGCCAGCUUGUAUCGUACUAAUGGUAAACACGUCUCAUUUUACGGGAAACUACAGCAUACUAAACUGCUUGUUUUAAUAGAGAGCUUGACCUUUAAAUAAAAAUAUUUUUAUUAAUGCCCGCAAUACAAGCAAUGUUGUGGCUGAUUAACAGAUACUCUAAAAAAUACGUUACAUAACAUAUGUGCAUGUAUAUAUACCCACACAUACAUAUAUUAUAUACAUACACAGACAUAUACGCUUUAGGUGUCCUGAUCACUGCAUUCACAGACUUUGGUUUUAUGUUUUAUUCUGUUUAUAUUUGAAGCUGUCAGCAUUGAAAUUCAUAUUGGUAACAUGCAUGUGUACAUAUACGUUCUUCCUUUCAUGAAAGUCACCUUCAACGUAGUAGUGUUUUACCCUACAAAGAAUAUUAGGACGUUCCACUGUGACACCAGCUAUUGGUGGGAUCAGAAAUAUUCUAAGAACUGUAGAACACACGAGAUUCAAAACAAAGCGGAGAAUAGCAUCAUAUUCUAGUACUGGUGUUUGUAAGUUGUUAUAUUUGUUUUCCACUCCGCUUGCAAGUGCCUAAACCAUAGUGUAUAUUUGAAUUGUAUCGCUUUUUGCCUCUAACUAUAUUCUUGAUGGUAGGUUAAUACAUUUCUCAUUUGAUGCAAAUGUACGGUAAUGAUAAGCUGAAAAACUUUGUUGGUCUAUCACCAGAAAGCAUUAUCAAAAUAUGCCAUGCUAAGUUCAAAACUAUUGAGAAUUAUAAUAAAAUAGGCUCACCAAAAACAAUAACUUAUUGUUUUUCAGUUUGGAGGACCAAUAUACUCUAAUUUCCUGCACACAGUUUGUUAGGGGUAUGGAGAUUUGGGGGGGGAGAAAUGAUGCAGUUGUAAGACUUCCCCCUUUCUUCUGAUAUGCCAGAGGAAGAAGCUAUACUGCCUCUUUUUCCUGCUGCAAAGGCUUGAAUGGUGUGUGCAUGCACACUAUUUAAGUCCCCACCUCUUCCCAAAUCAGUCCGUAGGCUACUUUUGGCUUAUUCAACAGUUCCACUUGCCUAUGUAACAAAUACAUUGCUGCAUAUCCCAUAAGCCUCUGCUGGGCAAAGGUUUACAUGCGAUCCGACUCUUAGAAUAGUAUGCAGAGUUUAAGACAAGAUAUAUAAUAUAGCAAGAAACUUGUUUGAAAUUUAUAGCCCCAGUGUGGAGGAUAUAGAGGCUUUCUGCAGAGUUUUUGUACUUGAACUUUGUAUUGAUACUACACAUAUAUUGCCUCAUUAAGUAUUGUCGACUGACUUGCAGAUCACCAGUAUAAAAUAUCAUGCAUACCUGCUGCAAUUUGCUUCAUAAUAAUAAUAACAAAGUAUUUAACCAGGAAAGGCACAUUCAGAUCACAUGGUUUUCAAGUAUGUCCUUGGGAUAUUACCUUAUACAACAUCCAGGGGUUGUUACUAUUUAAUGGUACUCAUUUUAUGUAUCUCGGGAGGAUAAAGGGCUGAGUCAACCCUGCUGCAGACCUUCGACCCAAGGGUUGAACAAAUUCUACUAAUGAUGCGUUAGCCCACUGAGCUACCUUGCCAGCAUUAAUUAAUAAACCUGUCUAAUAUGUUAAGUGUUUAGGCUUCUUUUUAUCAAAUGGUACUCUAUUGGUUCCUUUUAUAAAAUCUGUGUUUUGUAAACAAAGUGCAUAUUUUUACUUAUUUUUUUUAAAUUGAAGAAUUUCAAAGAAACUACAGCAUAUUCAUAUUACCCACUAAGACUCCAUAAUAAAAUAGAGGAAACACAUGCUGGGUUAAUAAAACGUGUGUUUUUAUUUAGGAUGAAGACUCUAUUGUUAAGGAAAAUGUGCCGAGUGCAUUGUCCCUAACACAAGGUGUGAAAAGGAAAGCAGACAUCGCUCUCGACUCACAGCUGGAGCCUGGGCAGGUACUGGAGAAGAUUGAGGACAACAAUAAAGGGAAACUCAAAUUCAGAGUAAGAAAAUGUAGCAUCAGCUUGGCUAUCAGGAUAAGGGAAGUCUGCAUUCUAGCCAUGGCCUAAUGGUUUUAUUUAUACAUAUUCUCAUGGGUGCCCCAGGUAAGGUUAGAGGCUCUCGUGCUUUUGUAUUUAUAGUGAUGAACCGGUUUUAAUAGCAAUACUAAUUCAGCACUUGGAGAAGAACCGACUGUAUAAAUUUUGCUUUCCUGUAUAAAGUAUUGUUUUACACAUAUUUCUCAAAAUGUGUCCAGCCAAGAUUCCUUUGCAAGUGGAAAGUACCAUCAGUUAUGUUUUAAAAUAUGGGUGGGGGAGGGGGUUCAUUUGAUUUAAAAAAACAAAAACAAACCAUGAACAUUGUUAGUAUAUAAUACAUGCCUUUUAAUUGCCUCUUUAGCAUUUCUUCAUUUUUAAAGUGUACCUGUCAUUAAAUAAUAAGUUAAAGGCACACUUAAGCGUUAUGGAUACAAAUCUGUAUUCCUAGUGUCCAUGUGUCCCUGUCCUAUAGGAAAUACUGAAGUGGUAGAGGUUAAAACAUUGAGGGAGUUUAAGAAUGCGUGGGAUAGGCAUAAGGCCAUCCUAACUAUAAGAUAAGGCCAGGGACUAAUGAAUGUAUUUAGAAAAUUGGGCAGACUAGAUGGGCUGAAUGGUUCUUAUCUGCCAUCACAUUCUAUGUAAAUAAAAGGUUUUUACUUAACUUUUAUCAGUGGAGAGACUUGCUCAGCACUGCGUACCGCUUCUCCCAUACUGUCAUGUGGGAAGCAUGGUCUCCUCUAGCAAGGUCCAAUCUAGUGCUCCAUAUUGUGGUGCAUUUUGGACCUGAUGCACAUGCGCCCAUAGGAAGGCAUUGAACCAAUACUUUCCUGUGGUGGUUACAACAUCACGUGACCAAGUUUUACUACUUGGUCAAAAAUGACAAGACCACUGCACCAAGGCCAAUUAAUUUAAGUGGCCUGGGUGACUUUAGUGGUCCUUUUAAAUUCCAUCUCUACAUGUUGUUUUACAUCUUCAGCUGGGUCUAGAGAAUACCUUCUGUUUAGAUCUACUUGUAUGGGGUGGAGAAGGUUAGAUGUUUAGUACGUUCUAAAUCUAUACCAUCAUGUUAGCAGAAUUGCUAGCAAAUAUAACCACAUACCAAUAAAUUCUGCAUCAUAGAUCUCUACACUGAAGAACUGACUGACAGGGAGAGUAGGAGAACUCUACUACAGGUGGUUCUCCUGCUCCCCAGAACUGCAACCAUAGCACAUGUUCCAUGGUUACUCCUUAAGUGUCCACAAGCAGGGGAAAUGAAAUCAGAGUGUAAUUGGGACCACAGGAUAUACCAGUGGUGGUUGCAAGAGUAAUGACGGUGCUGAUCCUUAACAUUUUGAUGGAUGCAACACCUCCAAACCAAGCAGUUUGACAAAAAUGGGUUUUAUUGGUACACAAAGCCCAUCAUUACUGCUACAAAUAUAACUUGGCGUUAUCUGUCCAAAUUUGGACAGCAAUGGUUGGCUUAGUCCAGUUUUUGGAGCCUGUCAUUGCUGUGCACACAAUCCAUCCAACUCUGUUCAAAUAUGAAUGCUUGACACAUCCCAAGGGACAGCUCCAAGACACUCCUUGCAUCAUAACCAAUACAAUAAGCUAUAGUACCAGUGGUGUUUAGAGUGUCCUUUCAAGUAUAGAUUUAAAAAGGAAAAUCCAUCAUCAAUGUUAAAGUUUAUGAUUUUCAUGACAUUGGAUAAUUUUGUGUUUAUGGGUAAAUGCUAUCUUUCUCCCCUCUGAUCUCGCAUGAAAUCUGAUAUGUAGGGGACUCCUUAACUGUCUGUAUAGUUUUCUUUUAAAUUCUCUCAAUUUUUCAGGAAGAAGAAGAGAUCGAUAUGGAUACUGUCCAUGACAGUCAAGCUUUCAUAUAUCAUCAUCUGAACAUGCUGGAACGGCCAUCCACACCAGGUAUAAUCGUUUUUACAUCGAUUCACUUUAAAGGUUUUGUCUGGAUGGUAAUAUGCAUUUGAAAAACAGCGGUGCAUUCCAAAUCAAUAAACAAAAGGAGUAUACAGCACACAAAAUCUUCUCAGGGCCUUCUACUCAAAACAUUGCACAUGUUGUGCUAAAGGUGGCUGUCGAAAAAUGUACAGUUAAGUUUAUUAGGGAAGUUUGACAGAGAUUAAUGUCUGUCUUUAUUACAUAAUUUAAUAUACUAUUAGACUUUCCUCAAGGACUCGCCGUUAGACCGUGACAACUUCAGCAAGUCACGUUUGUGAGAGGAUGAACAAGUGUUUUAUUGUGUAACAAGACUGAGUUACAUAUUUGUAUUUAAUGUUUAGGAAGGUUUGUCUCAGUGACUCUGGGCCUGCAUAUAUACAAAUGUAUUUGUUUAAAAAAAAAAAUAUCAGUGAUUCAGUCUUCAUAUGUAACAUAUUGUUUAGUUUACAUUUUGGGAUACAACAUUACUAGACAUCAGAUUCCCCCCACAUCAAAGAAAUAUUAGUUGUUUUUUUUACUGCAUUGACUGUAAUAUGCUGCUUUAUUACAUUUUGUAAAAAGAUUUAAGAAAAAUAAAUAUAAGAUACUUGACCGAUUUAAUCUGCUGUGGAACUUUAUAAAUCAACCUAUAAUUUUACAUGUCCAGAAUGUAUAAUAUACUUAUGAUUUUUACAUAAAAAAUACCUUUUGAAUAAUAUUUGCAUGAUGAAGGGGAAUCCAUAAUCCUAGCUUUUAGGGCCUACUUUUUUUUUUUCCUUUUCAUUUUAAACUCUUAAGACUGUACAAAUUGACAACAUCUGGAUGUGGAAGGUCAAAACCCCUGCUUCUUAUUAAUGUUUGGUUUAUUUAAUUAAAUGAAAACACUACAACCCGCCCCUCCAGGCCCUUCCUAAGAAGGUUAUAUGAAGGUCUUUAAUAUUGACCUUCUUUGCAACAAAGGAAGAUGAGGGAACACAUCUGUUCUUAACACUUUAUUUCAACGCUGAUCUCACCCUUUUGGUACAUUAGCCAUUUACACUAUUUCUCCUAUACGCAGGGAAACUACACUACAUGGGGAACUUUCCAGAGUUUUUAUUUAUAUUCCCCCUUCACUACAAUUAUCUGAUACAACAAUACUACGUUCCUUUUACACUUGUACAUAGUGUUACACUGUUAUACUAUUUUGGAAAGCUUGUGUCUAACUUGUCUCUUUACUCUGCUUCUCAUAUACCUCCCAAUUAAAUGGCUUUUGACUACCUAGUGCUCAUGCACACUUAGUGUACUUGAUUUAUAACUAUAAUAAAUGGGCUUUAGGUGUAUUUUGAAAGGCACUUUUAUCUCUGUUUUUCCUAAGAUUUAAUGAAAGCCUUGAGAAUAAGUAUUCAUUUAAAUAAAGGAAUAGGUAUAGAAACAUUUGCAGCGAGCUCCGAUCUCUUUCCUCCUUAAUCUCUUUUCUUGAUUGUUUGAUUGUAAUUAAACAAGGUUUGACAAAAACUGAACAAGUGAACCAAUAGCCUUCUUACACUAUACCCACUACAAAAGGAUGUAGUUGUUAUGGUGCAUGCUUUGUUUCUUUAAAAUAUAUUGCUUUGACUGUGGAUCUACAUUUUGUUUCCUAUAAAUCGAACCUUAACUGAUUCAUAGAGUAAAUGAUUCCAACAUCCCGUUGUGGCAGAUUUAUGCCAUGUGUUUGAAAUAGGUAGUUAAGCCCUUGUCAGAGCAAUGAUCACCUAAUUAUCAGCAUAAAUCCUUAAUCAGGGGAACCAGCUCUAACCUGGUGUAUGUCACUUGCUUUCUAAAACUGUUACAGCCUAAAAUCCUGAAGGAGUAUGCAGUACAUUAUGCAAUCACCUUUCAGUGUUUUAGCUGUGUCUUUAUCCAUAUGUCAAACAGAACAUCAAAAGGUAUAGGAAGUCAUCCAAUAAACAUUUUGUAUGUGUUUUAAAAUACCAUAUGUGCCUUUUUUUUUUUUAACCGCACUAUAAGCUUCUUUGUGUUAUGGCCUUUGCCAUCAUUACAACCCAUUCAUUAAAGACUUUGUGCCAUAAUGGAGUGUGCUAUUCAGUUAGCUGUAUUAGGUCUCAGGAGCGGAGAGCUGCUUAAGGUAAAGAAGUUUCUUAUGGUCCACAUUGCGAAUAUGACAUGCGGUUGUUGUUGUUUUUGGGCUAGUAAGGAUGUAAUAUGAUUUUUCAGAAUGCAUUAUUGCUUUGUUCUCUGAGUUUCUGUUAUGACUGUGACAUAGCCAAAGCUCUCUGGAAUGUAAUUGUUUAGGGUCUUUUCCUAAAACCCAAGUGUUCCAUGUUCAUUCCUUUGUAGACAAUUUUCUUAUACACACUCUGAUGGGUAGCCCUGGAUGCCAUUCUAUCCUGCCUCCUGCAAUUACAAAUCAUACAUUGUGCUGUUUAGUUUAUGUUAAACUUGUGCAAAAGCAAUUUGAUUGAAUUCCUGUUAAUCAAUUCCGAAUCGCUUUCCCAUAGACUCCACAGGUAAAAAAUCCAAUCGGUUUGCCUUGCCAGGGAUUGAGUAUAUGACUGAGCAACUGCAGUUGAAGACCUGCUUGGUUAUCUCACUGGCAUAGUGCAUUAAUUUACCUCUGACUCUAACACCCUAACAAUGCUCUACUUAUCCCAUUCUAUUGUUCUGCAUACCUAAAUCCAAUGUUGAAAUCCCUAUUCUUGAAAUCACAAAUGUGUCACUUAUUCAUAAUACCCUAAUUCAUUAUAGAUCAUUUUAACCUGACAUAUAGUGUACUUUUUACAUUACAAAUUGCAGAGCAUUGGACAAGGUUUAGUUAUUAGAGUGGAUCUAUGGGUUGAAACAUAUUCUCAAUGUCUCAAAUACUGCAUUUUCAAUUAUCUAGAUGUAAAAUAAAAUGCACUGCUUAGUAAAUUGCCACAGCAAUAAUCUCUCCGAUUUCAUGAUGAUCUUACUCUGGAAUCUCUAACAAAUCCAGAUGCACCCUAAAUUCUAACGUUUUCUUUUUUCCGUAGGAAGAGAACAGGCAUCUUUGGACAUGCACCUUCUUUCUGUGCCCGCAACGCCUCUGUCAUCUUCUAUCAAAGAAUCCAGCAUGUCUAAACACAGUGACCACCAUCAUCACCAUCACCACGAUCACAAGAAAAAGAAGAAGAAGCACAAGCACAAACACAAGCAUAAACACAAGCAUGAAAGCAAAGACAAAGAGCGAGAACCACUUCCAUUCUCAAACAGCCCUGCCAGUGGACGCUCAAUCCGUUCUCCCUCACUUUCAGACUGAACACGGUGCUUCAGUGAGCUUUGAAGAACACCCUGGCCACUAUAGCCGUGUAACGUUUCUGUAGUAUGGGCUUACCAAUAUGAGCGAUUUGAAAAGGUGGUUCUGCACUUCUGCCAUCAAUAACUUUCAGUAACGAAAGCUCUAUUAAUGUCCGGAAACAAGAAAAAAAAAAAACUCUCGGGGUUUCCAGCAAAACUGCCAAUGUUAAGCAAUUCUUUUCGUGCUCGGGAGAACACAUACUUUGUCAGUGAAAGGUUGACUAAUUUUUUUUUCCACCACACCUCCAUCUAACACUUCUUCAUCCCUCUCAAAUAAAAUCUGUAUAUAUAUUUUUUUCUUUCUACUCCAAAUUCCUUUCACUUUUGGCAUCUUAUGGACAAUUUUUUUUAGAAUAGAUGUUUUAAUGUGGGGUUCUUUUUCCCUGUUAAUAACAAAGCAGUAUUUCACUACAAAUAUUCAGUUCCAUCCUGCAACCACUGAAACAAACCAACAAAAUGCAAUAAUCCAUACAUUUAAUGCUUUUAAGGAGCAUUGUGUGUGAAACAUCUUUUCAACUCAAAGCUGUGAAAUGUGAAAAAAAGAAAAGUUUUCAUAGCUGUACAUACAAGGGCAUCAUAUCUGAGUGCUGUCUUUACUGAUGGAAUUUAAUGUUACGUGCACAAUCUUGGAGUCAAUUUACAAGAAGAGCUUACAAUUGUGUUUUUAUUAUGUUCAUAAAGGGCCAGUUGUAGAUGAAAGCUAUUUUUGUAUUAGCAUAGGGGGUAACUAGUGCAGCACAGUGCGCCAUUAAUUCCUUAUUUAUGAUUAAUAUGCCCUGUAAAAUGUAAAUUAAAAACAACUCUUACCUUAAUUCAAAA